GAGCACGCAGUGAGUUACUGAGAAGGAGUCCCUUAGUGUGACAGUUAAAGGCUAGUGAGUAUGAGGACACACUGCAAGCUGAGUAAACUCUGCACAGACCUCAUAACUUGUUCCUGGAGGUGAGUUUCUGGGUUAAUUCUUUUUCACUCUUUAUCCCCUGGGUAAGAGGGGGGUGUAGAUUUGUUCUUUUUAAUAAAUCCCACAUACAUAGAAAGACCAUUCUGUCAACACCUACAGGCUGCUUGGGGGACACAUGUCUAUUUUUACUUGCAUUGCUCUGGAAGGGCUCUUUGCAAAGCUACAUCAUGGGGCAUUUCUCUUGUUUGUAGAUCUGGGGCCAUAAAGCAAGGUUAUCUGUAUCAUUUUAUUGGCCCUCUGUAUAGAGUGACCCCUGUAUUAGAAGAGAUGAUCAGCUGAAAUGUGCUAUGUUUGCUGCGCUAUUGUGGGGUAAGGUUCCAGAAAUGGAGCAAUCACCAUGGGGACCAAUGGAAUGUGGCUGUUUCACUUUUAGAACGUUGCCCCAGAAGUGCUCUGUAUGUUAUGGCUGGAGUGGAUUCGGUGCUGAUGUCAGAUCUCUGAUAUUGCUUGCUCACUGCUGCUGGGCUAGUGACAGUGACAGAGAGGAUCUCUCACUUUGCAGAUCCUAUUAGUUAAUCCAGAUUACAUCACUGUAUAACUCAUGUGUUAUGUUAUAUUCUAGAAUUGAGAUGGCAACACCUGGACCCCCAGCUGUGCUAACUAUUGGCCACCCCUUUGUUAAAAGGUAGCUUUGCACUCCAAGGUUACAGCUCUGCAGUGCUCUGCACAUAUCUGGAAUAGCUUUACUCUAAAUGUAUAGUUUUGAUGGUAUAUUAUAAUUAUUAUUAUUAUUAUUGAUAUUUAUAUAGAGCCAACUUAUUCUGUAGCGCUGUACAAUAUUCUAAACUAUUAUUCUCUGGAUUAAUGCUGUAACAUAGUUUUGCUCUGUAUAUUUCUAAUCAGAGCUCAUGGAUUUGUGUACUACUAAUACUGUGUACACCUCAGAUGGAAGCUGUGCUGGAGCUGGAGCUCUGUAUAUGCUCCAGAAGGGAGCUUUGAUACAGCUGAGGCUGUGUUUACUCAUGGUGAGAGCGGUGAUACAGUUCUGAUUGGAGCAGUGCUUUUAGCACAGAUUACUAAUGUUGUGAUACACUUUGUACUGGCAUACACCUAGUUUGUACACCAUUGACUGUGUGCAUACCAGAUUUCUGAAAGAAAUCCUUUUGCAAACACUGUUAUUUGUGUUGGGCAGCGAACCAGAAUAGACAUCAGUUACCACAUUUUAUCUGCAGGAGAAAUGAUCUGUUAUUCUACGAAAUGAAAAAAAGGAGCAGGUUUGAACUCUAUCUCCUUUUCAUAAUCACUCGCUUUGAACUUCUGUAGGAAUGUAAUAGUAAGCUCUGUGGGACAGGGCCCAAUGUGGCUGUAUUCAUUUCUAGUGUUAUUCUGAUACAUCUACAAGGUUUUGAAAUUGGCACUUUGUGUGGUUAUACAGUUGCAAGAAAAAGUAUGUGAACCCUUUGGAAUGAUAUGGAUUUCUGCACAAAUUGGUCGUACAAUGUCAUCUGAUCAUCAUCUAAGUCACAACAAUAGACAAUCACAGUCUGCUUAAACUAAUAACACACAAAGAAUGAAAUGUUGCCAUGUUUUUAUUGAACACACGGCGUAAACAUUCACAGUGCAGGUGGAAAAAGUAUGUUCAAAUACUUUUUCUUGCAACUGCAUUCUAAUGAGAAUUUAGAGGAUACGAUUUUAAUAUUAUGUUUCCUUAUCACCUGUAUUUUACAAAAGAAAUCUGAGACAUCUGGAAAAUAAAAUAAAAUUUAGGAAUUGACAUUGUUGAAUUUAGUUCUAUCCUGGACCAGAGCACAUUGAUUGAACUGAGCAUUUUGACUCCCUGUCAAUCAUUUCCUUAAAAAACAGCCUAUGCAUCUGUAAUUCUGUAUAGAAAGCAUAAUCGAAGAAGGAGGAAUGGAAGCAAUGGUUUGUUUGAAAUCUUCUUUGGAAAUUUCUGUUGGUACCAUUUAUUGUUAAGAUUUAUAGAGGGGUUCCAUUUAACCCUAUCAGUAAUUGUUUUUAGUUGACGCAAACAAGUACAAGUUGAAAGCAUAGCUGGGAUGUGUAGUUAGUACAUACCGUUUUACCUCUGUAUUGCUGUACAUGGGAUAGAAAGAAGUACGCAAGUAUUGGAGGAUGUAACACUAUUACAUAUCAUUAUUAUUUUAUUAUUUAUAUAGCGCCAACAAGUUCCGUAGCACUGUCCAAUGGGUGGACUAACAGAUACGUAAUUGUAACUAGACAAAUGGACCCACAGGAACAGAGGAGUUAAGGACUCUGCGCAAUGAGCUUACAUGCUAGAGGGAGUGGGGUAUAGUGACACAAAGGGUAUAGGUAGGGGUAAUGAAAUAGGUUGCAACAAAAGUAUUCACUGAGAACUUAUUUCAUAAAAGACUUCCUUAUUUUAAAUUACAUAACAGUUCUAAAAUAGAAGCGUAAGUGUCAUGUUUGUCAAAGGCUAAAUAAAAUAGUCAAAUAUGAUGUUAAUGGGAAAACUGUUUGUUUUUUGGUUGUGGGUGCAAAUUGACAGCAUAUGGACAUAUGGUCCUUAAACAGCAAAUAGUUGCUUGGUUAAAACUAGGCAUCGGUAUUAUAGAGGAACAUCACACUGUGCAAUGCCCUAUAAAAUACAGAUCCCUAAAUUAAGAGAAAAAAAGCUCUGUGCUCACUAACCCUCUUGUAUAAAAUAAAUCUUGAUUGAAUUGUUGAUUAUGUUUUAAUGGGAGCAAGGGAAAUGAUAUCCGUCAAUUUGAGAAAAGUAAGUUCUUCUAUAAACCUCAAUCAUUCAGCCAGUAGAUUAUAAGUAUACUGCUUGAACACUGAUAGGAGUCAUAAACUCAUAAACAAUUUAACAUUUGUCUUCAGUUCCCCUUCUAUUUUUAUUGUCUUCCUUUGUGCUUUACACACACACACACACACACACAAUAACAUCUUUGCAUCUUACUCAGGUAUGGUUCUUAGAAAACUUUGGUAACUGGAGGACAGACGAUCCCCUCAUUCCUUUGUAACUGAUCACCCUGACUCAAAAAAUGCUGUAGUGACAAUCGUGAUGGUGCGCACCCAUCUACGCACCAAGUAAGCAUCAACAUAUCUUCCUUAAGAGAACAUUGAAGACCUUAGAGUCGUUUAGAUCAGGGGUACUUAUUUUGGUCGGGGACUUCAAUCUCCCAUUAGAACCGAAGCUGGACUCCUCAAGGACCAGCACAAUACAAGCACAUGUACUGCGCAACUCAUGUAAAACCUUGGCCAAGAAGCGCCUGGUUGACUGCUGAAGGGUGCAACACCCAGAGAAGCAGGAUUUCACCUUACACCAAACUUAUUCUAGACUACCUUUUCAAGAGACAGGAACACUUAACUGACCUAGCUGAUUCCACGAUAAAUACCAUCACAUGACCUGACCAUGCCCUGGGCUCCGCACGGUUCCUCUCCCCCUCAUACGGACGCUUUAACGGACUUGGCGACUCAAUGAGUCUCUCUUAUUGGAUUUGGAGGCAAGGACCCACAUUUCCGUGAUACGACAGGCUACACCGAUACUUUCCCGAAAACAGACUGGAUGGGGCCUUCCAGAUAUCAGUAUGGGAGGCACAUAAAUGUGCACUUUAUGGUAACACGAUUAGUUUCUGCUCGUGGACGAAGAAACACUGAUCAAAGAAGGUACAAAUGCUUGAAGAUAGCAGACCUUGAAGCCAAACAUACAGGGAUACAGGGAGCUCGUAUCUGCCCACCACACACUGACGACCCUAUUGUCCACUCACAUACAACAAUUACUCAUCAAAACGAAGAAGACGUUCUGUGAGCACUCCAAUAAUUGUGGGAAGAAACGUCCCACUUCCUAUCUACACAUUGAACUAGGCAUUCUGAAAAAAAAGUUAAAUUCUUGCCACAAGUAUAAAAAAAAUUGCAGGGACAGCCUCACACAAUACAUCGUAGGCCAGCUUGUUGUGUGGAAAAUGAGAUUGCUGCUUUAAAAUUGGGUAAUAAUACUAGCAUAUCAAUACGAUUGGCUGUAUUCUUUCAGCCAAUCACAUUGCCCAAUAAAUUUCCCCACUGCAGUAAACUAUUCAGUUUAUUUAUUCACAUUUUUUUUUUGGUUUGUUGUUUUUUUCAUUUCAUUUUUAUUGAAAGUUUAACAUUUUUUCAGAACAAAAUAGCAGAGAGAGGAGAUGCAGCAAUAUUGUGGGUAAGGGGUGGUGGAAGGCAGGAUACAAUUAGAAAUGGUUCCAACAGUAAGCUAAAAACACAUAAUAUUCAGACAGAUUCCACUGAUUGCGGUUUUCAUUGGGUCAGUUCAGUGAUGUCAUGGUUUAGUCGUUAGCGUGCCAGUAUGCCUCUCUAUCUGGACAGAUGUUAUCGCACUUUGCGGUGGUGCCUGCUGAGCUUUGCAUGAUACAUUCUCAAACCAUGUUAAAGUUCACACAAGAGACUCACCAUUUCUAGAGAGGGGCAAUCUAAAGGCUUCCAGAAUUUGACAAUAAAAUGUUUGGAAGCUAAGAAUAAACAGCAUAAAAACUCGAGUUUAGCUCAUGAGAUAUCUAGGAAGUACCGCUGAGGUAAGUGUGUUUUAUACUUGUCUCUGCUGAAUUCCUCAGCCCAGUAAAUGCUUGGGUGUCAAACAGUGGCGUACACAUGACCCAUGGGGCCCCGGUGCGAAAAUUGAUCCGUGGGCCCCCCUCCCCCCCCCCGCGCGGGCCGGGCCGCAACACAUGGCGGUGGGCACCUGGUCGCAGGGGUUACAGGGCUGCGACCCCUGCGACCGCGGUAUGUACGCCAGUGCAUGCAGAUGCACACACACUUAAAGGACCACUCUAGGCACCCAGACCACUUCAGCUUAAUGAAGUGGUCUGGGUGCCAGGUCGAGCUAGGGUUAACCCAUUUUUUCAUAAACAUAGCAGUUUCAGAGAAACUGCUGUGUUUAUCAAUGGGUUAAGCCUUCCCCUAUUUCCUCUAGUGGCUGUCCCAUUGACAGCCGCUAGAGGCGCUUGCGUGCUUCUCACUGUGAUUUUCACAGUGAGAGCACGCCAGCGUCCAUAGGCAUUAUGAAUGCUUUCCUAUGUACCGGGAUGCGUGCACAGCUCUUGCCGCGCGUGCGCAUUCAGCCAAGCGAAGGGAGAAGAGGAUCGGAGGAGGAGGCUCUCCGCCCAGCGGUGGAAAAAGGUAAGUUUUACCCCUUUCCAGAGCCGGGCGGGAGGGGGUCCCUGAGGGUGGGGUCACCCUCAGGGCACUAUAGUGCCAGGAAAACGAGUAUGUUUUCCUGGCACUAUAGUGGUCCUUUAAAGGACCACUACAGACACCCAGAUCACAUCAGCUCAAUGAAGUUGUCUGGGUGUCAGGUCCCUCUAGUUUUAACCCUGCAGCUAAAAACAUAGCAGUUUCAGAGAAACUGCUAUGUUUCACUGAGGGUUAAUCCAGCCUCUAGUGGCUGUCUCACGGACAGCCGCUAGAGGAGCACACUGAACGCCCAUAGGAAAGCAUUGAGUAAUGCUUUCCUAUGGGCGGUUUGAAUGGGUGCGCGGUCGCAUUCGGAGCUGAGAGGCUGAGGGAUCCUCAGCACCAAGGGAGUCCGGCGCUGGAGAAAGGUAAGUGCUGAAGACACACACACUCUCACUUACAGACGCAUACACACUAGCUAACAGACACACAUUUACUGACAGAGAUACAGUCAGCGACAGACAUACAUACACACUCACUUACAAAACAUACACUCUCAUUGACAAACACACACUCACUAACAGACAUCAAACAGACUCAGUAAGACACACACAGUAACACACUCACUGACACUCACUAGCAGACACACACACUAACACACUAACACUCACUAGCAGACACACACUAACACUCACACUAACACUCACUCUAACACUCACUCACACUAACACUCACUCUAACACUCACACACACACUAACACUCACACAUGAUUUUUUUUUUUUUUAAUAUAAUCCCCCCAGCCUCCUUACCUCUUGGAGUGCUGGGGGGGAUUAUUCCCUGGGGUCCAGUGGGGCUCCUGGGCGGGUGGUCGGUCGGGCAGGCAGGCGGGCGCGCGAGGGAGCACUCAGUGCUUCCUCUUCAGCUCCCUCGCGCCCCGCGUAGGGAUGCCGGCGUCGGAAGAUGACGUCAUCUUCCGGCUCCGGUAUCAGUGCGGUGCGCGAGGGAGCUGAAGAGGAAGCACUGAGUGCUCCUUCGCGCGCCCGCCUGCCUGCCCGACCGACCACCCGGGGUCAGCAGGGCCAGCCUCAGGGGGGCCCUGGGGUGAUCGGCUCCUGGGCCCCCCAGGGGAAGAGGCUGGCCCUGGGCGUACAUACCGGGUCGCAGGGGCGGCCGGGCCCCCUGGUGGGCCGGGCCCGGUCGCAGUCGCGACCCCUGCGACCCUGGUAUGUACGCCAGUGGUGUCAAACAUGCGGACCCCCAGAUGUUGCUGAACUACAACUCCCAUGAUUCCCUGGCUAUCUGUUUCAUUGAAAGAAUCAUGGGAGUUGUAGUUCAGCAACAUCUGGGGGGCCGCAUGUUUGACAACCCUGCGAAUGGGAGCAAGGGAAAUGGUAUCCAUCAUUUUGAGAAAAGUAUGUUCUUCUUUAAACCACAAUCAUUCAGCCAGUAGAUUAUAAGUAAACUGCUUGAAGCUUAAACACUGAUAGGAGUCAUAAACAUUUUAACAUUUGUCUUAGGUUCCCCUUCUAUUUUUAUUGGCUUCCUUUGUCCGUUAGCUUUGCUAAAAAUAUAUGUUUUGUAAGAAAUUUUUUUUUCUUAGUCUUCAUCUGGAGACACAUUUCAGGACAAGAGUUUUUGUGUGUUUUUGUUUAUAUUUUUUCUUAAUUUUAAUAAUUUUUUGUGUAAAAAAACAAUAAAGUUAAUAUAUAAAAAAAAUAAAGCCGAUAAAAUAAAAUUGUAUAAUGCUUAUUUAUUACAUGACAAACUUUACUGAGCGAUCUAAAUUGCUAGCCAAUGUAUCAAUACAGAGUUGCCCUCAGUACAGCAUAACUAACUGCUAGAAUGCUACCAGAUGCUUAUAUGAUGAUUAUGCACAGCUGCAUGCUGGGACGGUGGGAUGCUGCACAUACCAUUUACUGAAUCCAUUCACUGCAGCUACUACACUGGAGAAUGCAACAUGGCUUACCCAAGACUUUAUUCUGCAUUCGUCCAAGGACAAAAUUCUCUUACUUAAAGGGACACUAUAGCCCCCAAAACAACUUUAGCUUAACAAAGCAGUUUUUGUGUGUAGAUCAUGCUUCUGGAGUUUUACUGCUCAAUUCUCUGCCUUUUAGGAGUUAAAUCGCUUUUGUUUCUGUUUUUGCAGCCCCAGCCACACCUCCCCUGGCUGUGACUGACACAGCCUGGAUGAAAACAAAAUGGUUUAAAGGGACACUAGAGGCCUCCAGACCACAUCAGCUCAUUGAAGUUGACUGUGUGCAGUGUCCCAGGUCACUUAACCUUGCAGCUGUAAUUAUUGCAGUUUUUUAGAAACGUCAAUAAUUACCUGCUAGGGUUAACUCCACGCUGGAAGUCCUCAUGUUCAUGACUUCCCCAUAUAACCCCAUCCUUUCCUAUGGGAAAAUCCCUAAUGCACCCAGGGCACGGGGGAGGAGCCCAAGCCAGUAAUCCUGGAUGUGAAUUUGUAUUCUGUACCAGUAAGGUCCAUUUUGCCUUUUUUUAUUUUAACAAAGUGACAAAACUCUGGGAAAUGUUGGUGAAAAUAUGUUGUCGUGCCAGUGUCACAAUCUGUUGCAGAGUUCUGUGAGAUUACAAGUGUGAUAUAAAUUGACCGUCACAAAGCACAACACAGCUACAUACGUCUUGGAAUGGUUAGGGGAAGGUCUGUAUGAGUUAGAUGGUGUCAGAUCAGCUAGCGGCUCAGAAUACUUUGCUGCAAAUCUUUGUCUAGUAAAUUACCCUUCAUUGUUCAGAAAUCUGCAGCUCAAACUAGCAUAUAUCAGCUGCAACGCAGGGUACGGCCCAUCCCAACUGCCUGAGGGGUAUUCAGAGAGUUUUCUGUGUGUGUUUCUUUAAUCUGAAUGUUUGCAGUAUCUGAGCCGGUUCAAUAAUAUAUAUCUUUUAAUUCCAGCUCUUCCCCAUGAGGUCCCUCUGAUGUGGAUAUCUAGAAUGGCUGUAUUCAAACAGCAGAGAGUGGAGGAUCUUUACAGUAUUGCCGAAGAAUUGGGAAGGUAACGCUAAGAUUAUUUUUUUUUAAAGAGAUACGGUCUGAUCUACACAGAAUGUUAGCGGCACAGGGUAGCAUGGCAAGCAAAUGGCUCUUUUCACUUGAAGGUGAUUUUAAUAAUAAAAGUGAAAAAAGAGUUCAGAAAAUGUUUUUCAAAGGUUUCUGUUAUUUUGGUCAGUAAUUUUAAAGUUUUUAAAUCACUACACUUCACUGUUAAAUAAAUAAGGAGAAUAAAGAGCUAAGUUUGGUGCGUUAGCGCCAUCUUCUCCGAUAUCUGCGCCAAGGGGAAUCUAAGGCGAGUGCACUGCAUGCGCGUUAGGCAUUUCCCAUAGUAAAGCAUUGAAUCAAUGCUUUCCUAUGGGGAAUUUAGAGACGCUGGAUGACCCCAUGCACAGUAUGAGGCUGUCCAGAGCCGUGUCACUGAAUUUAACUCCACGACACAGCUGGAAAUGCCUUAGAAAAUUAGUCUUUCUCCCACUUGUCAAUCAAUUCUUUAGCAUAGAGUCUAUCCUGAAGAAUUGCGUGACCGAGAGUGCACUAACAUAGAUUAACAUUAUUUCAUAUUUCUAUAGCACCAACAUAUUCCACAAUAAUGUACAAUGGGGGGAAUACAGACAAAUAACGAACAUGGUUAUACCUUUAUACGGUUAUACAGCAGAAAUAUAUUGCACUGUUGAAAUGAAGUGUCAUUUAUUCAUUUGUUUGAAUUUGUCUAUUUUUUGCUUUUGUUAAUUCCAUGUUAUCUUUAAAGGACCACUAUAGUGCCAGGAAAACAUACUCGUUGUCUGGGACUAUAGUGCCCUGGGGGUCCCCCCACCCUCAGGUUUCCCCUCCCGCCGGGCUCUAGGGGGUGGAAGGGGUUAAACUUACCUCUUUCUCCAGCGCCGGGUGGGAGACUAUCCUCCUCCUCUCCGUCUCCUCUCCUCCUCCUCGGCUGAAUGAGCAUGCGCGGCAAGAGCCGCGAGUGCAUUCAGCCAGUCUCAUAGGAAUGCAUCCUAUGGACGCUGGCGUCUUCUCACUGUGAUUUUCACAGUGAGAAGCACGCAAGCGCUUCUAGCGGCUGUCAACGAGACAGCCACUAGAGGCUGGAUUAACCCUAAUAUAGAAACUGCUAUGUUUAUAGAAAAAAGGGUUAAACCUAGCUGGACCAGGCACCCAGACCACUUCAUUAAGCUGAAGUGGUCUGGCUGCCUAUAGUGGUCCUUUAAAGUGUCACACUGUUAAUAUUAAUAACAGAAGUGCUAUAAAUAAUUAUUUUUGAACAGGGGUGUGGUGUGGUGCGUCAAGGUAGACUCGGCCAAUGCUGCCUGCCUCGCUGUAGGAAUUUUUCCCACAAUUUAUAUUGACAUAAUGUGUGUUACUUUGUAUGAUUGAUUUAUAAAUUUUUAGUAGUUAUUCUAAAGUGUAAUAUUGACAUUGAUUGUCCAUUGUCUGGUAUUCUGCACUGUUCCAUUCAGGAUUUUUUUUGUGUGUAGAAUUAUUGCAAAUUUUGUGGCUUGGGUGGAGAUACUUUUUCUUGUUGCUAAUUUUUCACUAAAAGGUUCAAUUCCUCUGACAAUUUUCCACAGUUUCCAUUUUAGUAGAUAAAGUAAUGGCUGCCAUGCCUUCAUACAGUUACAUACUACCAAGACACACAUAGCAAUACACAUUCCUGGAUACGAACACACAUAGAUAUGUAAUCCCAGAUCAAACAAAGAUGCACACUGCUAGGUACACACACAUACACACACAAUCCAAGUACACACUCACAAAUACACAGAUGCAAACACAGAUAUUGACUGCCAGACAAACACACAUCAAUGCUUUCCUAUGGACGAUGGCGUCUUCUCAAUGUGAAAAUCACAGUGAGAAGCGCGGAAGCGCCUCUAGCGGCUGUCAAUGAGACAGCCACUAGUGGCUGGAUUAACCCAUAGGUAAACAUAGCAUACAGCUGCAGGGUUAACCCUAGAUGGACCUGGCACCCAGACCACUUCAUUAAGCUGAAGUGGUGUGGGUGCCUAUAGUGGUCCUUUAAGGGGUUAAGAAUGAACUUCUGCAUUAAUGUUCACAAUGGUGAAGCUGCUUGAUGUGCUACUUUCCACUGUGAGCAAAAUCCACUCAACUGACAUGCAAAGUACAAGGCACACCUAAACUACUUAAAGGCCAAGAUGACAGGGCCUUCUAUGACACCUGCCUAUAAUCUGCUACAUUGCAUUACCACCACAUUGCAAAAAUGCCCACCAUUUAGCUGCAACCAAAAAGCCGAGCAUAUGCCCUUUUCUGAUUCUGUAGAAGGGUGAAUACUUGAGUUUCUUUCCCUCACUUCCUUUCGGUGUCUGUUUUGUCUUGCCACAUUCCCAAGAGUGGCUUUACCCCAGUGUACUCCACUUCGUAUUGUCAUUACACUCUAAGUUAUAGGGGUAUAAGAGAAGCUUUAACCCUGUGUCCUUAGCGUUCCGGGGUGCUCUAUAAUCCCUGAUGCUUUAGGCAGUAAACCCCAUUACUUUCAGUAAUACUGCGCAGUUCACAGCAUUUUAACUAACCCAAUGUCCCAGCCCUAACCCCAGUUAAAUCAUGUGAAAUGGGACCAUUAUAAACCAUGCUGGAAUAGCUUGCCGCUUUGUGAAUACAUUUCAGCAUUGUUCAAACAGAAUACAACAUAAAAAAAAAAGAUUCUGAAAAUAAUCAGUCUACAAGCGUUCAAGAGGAAAUGACACUUCUUCAAUUUUAGAACAAACUAAUUCGCUAACUAGAAGUUAGCUACUGGUUGUGCAAAACUUUAUUUUUAACAUUCUUUGUAGUUUAUUUUAUUUAAAUGUACAUGCUUUGCCACGCAAAGCUGCUGAGUGUGCAUGCGCAAAUGCAGCAAUUCUGUUAGAUGCCCUAAAGUGCAUGCUCAAGGCAUCAUGGGAAGGUGAUGUCAAUGCAACAUGGAAGAGCCACAGUGGUAAGUCAAAUUUUACUUACUUCUGCUAUUUAUUCCCCCUAAAAAUGAUUGAAUAUGCAUCUAAUGGGGUGAAGGAACAAAGAACUGUCACUACUGUUAUUGCAGCUUAAUUUGCUGAAAAACACAAUAAUGGCCAUGAUAGAAAGGUGUCAGAACACACAGUGCAUCGCAGUUUGUUGCGUAUGGGGCUGAGUAGCCACAGACCGGUCCAUCCAGAGUGCUAAUGUUGACCUCUGUCCGCCGCCGAAAGUGCCUUCAAUGGGGACAUGAGCAUCAGAACUGGACCAUGUAGCAAUGGAAGAAGGUUGUCUGGUCUGAUGAAUCAUGUUUUCUUUUAGAUCAGGUGGGUGGCCAGGUGCAUGAGCAUUGUUUACCUGGGAAAGAGAUGGCAGAAGGAUGCACUAUGUGAAGAUGGCAGGCCAGCAGAGUCAGUGUAAUGCCCUGGGCAAUGUUCUGCUGGGAAACUUGGUUCCUCGCAUUCAUGUGGAUGUUACUUUAUCAUGUAUCACCUACCUAAAGAUUGUUGCAGACCAUGUACACACGUUCAUAGCCAGGGUGUUCCCUGAUGGCAGUGGCCUCUUUCAGCAUGAUAAUGCACCCUGCCACACUUCAAAAAUUGUUCGGGAAUGGUUUGACAAAGAGUUCAAGGUGUGGCCUUGGCCUCCAAAUUCCCCAGAUCUCAAUCUGAUUGAGUAUCUGUGGAAUGUGCUGGAACAACAAAUCCAAUCAAUGGAGGAACUAAAAGGAUCUAAUGCUUAUGUCUUGGUACCAGAUCCCACAGGACACAUUCAGAGGUCUUGUGCAGUCCAUGCCUUGACACAUCAGAACUGUUUUGGCAUCAUGAUGGGGAUCUACAGAAUAUUAGGUUGGUGGUUUUAAUGUUUUGGCUAAUCUGUAUUUUUUUAUAUAUAUAUAUAUAUAUAUAUAUAUGUUUAAAGACAGAAGCAACACCACCGGGAUAAUAAUAUCGUUGCUUGUCACUCAGGUGUGGUUCUUAUAAAACUCGGUAGACAGAAAAUAAUUUAAUUAAUAUCAACAAUUACUACGCGUGUUUAGUAAGACCUGGCACGUUCAUGUAGUAUUGUAAUCCCUUGUCUAAGCUCCAUCUACAUUGUGUAAUUAUCACCUUUAGCCCCAUAUCAAUUGUCACUUUCCUUUUGUAUAAUCAACCGAGUCCCACCCUGGGACACUCCAGACUUUAAACAUUUUGUCGAUGGCUUUUUUAAAAUACCACGGGUAAAUUCUUAUUCUUUUGUUUUCCACAUUGUGUUAAAGGAUGGGUGUGGAGAAAGGUUUUCUGCCCCCAUUGUAAAGCCAAACAGGCUUUCCCACUAGCCAAUCAAACUAGGGAAUGUGUCUGGAGCCAAGAGCAGGUAAGGUGAAGGGCUAGAGGCCAGGAACAUGGAGAAUUCCUAGUCUGGUAAAAAUAAAUAGGGGGUGGAAUAGCAAACAAAGAAAGACGGAAACAACAUAGUAUAGAACAAGACAUUAUUUGGAUAACGAAUCACCUUGGAGAAACAUAUAACUUUUUUUUUUUUUUAUAUAUAUAUAUAUAUAUAUAUAUAUAUAAAGGAAAACUACUAUUUUUUUUUUUUUUAACAGUACUUUCCCCAUUUCCUUCUCCCCAAUAAAUACUGCUAUUUGAUUGGAUACUUGCUAGGCUUUCCUUUUGCGGUGCUAGAUUUCCACGUAGACACAGUUCCGGAUAGUUUGCAUGGAUUGAAGGCAGUACCUGGGUAGGCUGACAUGUGAUAUCAUUUCUCACUAUUCAGUCUAUUUGGUGACUGGGUUUUGCUUCAUAAAAUUACUGUUCUCUUCUGCAGUGUUUCCUUUUUGCUGUAAAAAUACUGUUACGCGUGUUUUUUAUACGUGUAGAGCUGACCAUGGAACUAUAUCUCAAUGAAAACCUUGCUGUGUACAAAUAGCACUGUUUACAAAAUAAGAUUAGUGGUGAUACAGAAUGUCAUGUGAGCACCAUGAUUGGAUGAGUCACUUCCUGGAUUGAUGAGAGCUCAACGCAGAAGCUGCACAACCUGCGUAUUUACAGAAAAUGCAGUUCUAAACCAAUUCCUAAAAGUGGCACAUUGUGCUUGGAAUCUGAUAGAAUCAGUAAGAAUAAUCUAUGGUUCUCUAAACUGAAGAUGCAAAUUGGGUCACCGUUGAGUUGUGUGUGAUAUAUAUGUUACUCUAUCGUGUUCAGGCAUUGGUUUGCUUAAUUGGUUCUCACUGCUAGUAAGGAUGCUGGGACGCCUUGAUAUAAGGGCUUAGGUAGAGGGAACUCAACGUCCAUUCUAUAAAAAGAAAGCAACUCAAGUUAUUUUAAGAGGGUUAAAAUAAGACUGUGACUCUACAGAGUAAGUCUGCAUAAGUCAGACUAUAUUUUGCCCUGCAUUUUCUAGGUAUUGCUUAGAAAGGGAGCUGACAAUACUGGAAUCCAAACUGCCUAUUCAAUAACCUUUUUGCAGUCAACUGCUAUCUGUAUAGCAAAAAGCCAAUAAUAUGAUGAAUUAGCCAGCACAUACACAUAGGUCAAACAGUAUUUAUGUACAUAAACCUUUAAAGCUCAGUUACAUGUAUAUAACAAAAAUAUUUGAAGGUACAAAGCAUAUUAGAUAUUAUAGACUACUUAUAGCAGAACACAAUGCCAUUUGUAUAAUAUGGGCUCAUGAUAAAGAAGUUAAUAUCUGGGAUUUGUAGUAUCUGUUCAAACUUUAGAAUAUCAGGUUAGAUUCCUAGCCGGGCAGAUUCAGACUUUCCCAAUUCUAAGAUUGAUAAAGUGAAUAUCAUUUACUUUGGUUCUCCAGGAAUUAUUGAAAUUUAAAUCCUUCUUGGUUAAAAAAAAAAAAGUUUCCACUUCCAUAUUUAUUAGUUAAUUGUUAUGAUAGUGUCUAUAUGCAUAUUGACCAUAACUAUGGCAUGAAGCUACAAUGUAAAGACAGAGCAACUACAAUUGGUUAAGCAAAAAUUUAAUACCGGUAUUUAUCAUAUGUUAAAGACUUAUUUUUGUCCCGGCUGCUAUGCAUGCAGUUAUUUUGGAACAAAUCAUAGAAAAGUAAAAAAAAUCUUUCUUUUUUUUUUAUCCCUUUUUGUAAUUUUUAAACAUCAUUAGUAGUGUCAGACAGGGACAUCUAAAUGUCCUUACUUACAAGUCACCCUGCAUUCUGUGACGUUGGAACUUUGUUAAUGGUCGUUGUGUGGUCCAUCGUAUUCUCUAGUAAUCUAACAAAGGAUAGUCGUAGGGAUGGCUCUGGUUACUGUGGAAGAGGUGUUGGAAUGUUCCUGCAAAAGGAAGGGGCAGACGCAGGCUGUCCAAGCGAAUGUUAAAUGAUGACAAUGACGUAAAGAAAAGGGUUAGAAUAACAGUGAGGGGGUGGUAAACAAGUGCAAGAUGAUUCACAAUGGGGCUGUUGUGAUGCUGAUGAUAAUUGAAUAUUAUUGUAAAAGAUUCUUCGAGGUGAAGUAAUAUUGGAAAAUGAGGUCCUAACAGCAACCCAUGUUACAUAAGUUUAAUGACCAUCGCUCAUUGUAAAAUUACAUUGGUGGCAUAUUCUUUAGUAAUAUAAUAUAUAACAAAAUAACUUUUGGAACACAUUUAUUUGACACUUUCCAGUAUUUAAAUGGGUCUCCACUACACAAACUUGGUGAAUAUAAUAUGCCUGCCUGUUUCAACUAUUGGGGAGCCACAGGAAUUGGAUGGGGACCUAAUUUUGAGUCUCUGGGAAGGGAAAUAGCAGAGAUUAAAAAAAAACCAAAAAAGUGAUAAAACACUCAGGUUCUACAGUAUGCUGUAAAGUAUUACACUGCACUAUAUCACGGUUUAUAGUUAGUUAACCAGCUGUGAUUUUUAAACCAGACCAUCAACAGAGGCAGACAUUUAUCAAAUGCAACCAUGAAAGUCUGGUGUAUAUGUUCUAAGUCAGCUGUCAAUUAAGGCCACUGUGGUGUUAGCAUUGAGUGGGUUCAACUUCUGCCAGUGGACAUCACUGCUGUUGGAGAGUGGUAGAAAAUGUUAUCAUCCUUGCAGUGCUCAUGGUACUGGAUAAUCAGGUACCCAAGAUGAUUAACAACCAGGCUGACUUUAUUGGCCUUACCAGUUGUUCCACUCACCACCCCUCGCCAUUUGGAAUUCUCUGUUUAUUGAUAUACUAAGAGAUCCUAAUGAGUUCCGAUAACGGAGUUCCCACAGACAGCAAGCGGUGGUAACGCUGAACCCUACAGCUCCCCAUUGACAAAGAGCUUUUCAAGAUUUUGUGCUGUCCAAAGAUACUGCCUAUAUAAAGUACAGGAGCGUUUAUAUCAAAUACAUUUUGUAUUAAAUUCCUGAAUGGAUAUUUUUUUUAGAUUUUCAUAAUUUGAACACUCACAUCAGGGUUAUGCUGGACUCCAGUGAGUAUAUCCAAAAUUAUGGUACUCAAAAACACCAGGAGCCUGGAUUCAAUUACUUGUUUUUUUUAAAGCUGGUCCAUCAUUUUUUGGAUUUUUUUUAUUAAGAUGCACAUGUCCCUUCCUGAAAAAAGCCCACAAGUUGGCUUUUUUCUGCUUCCUAUUUUUUUACAAAUAUAAACCAAACUAUUUCAAGCAGAAUACAAUGAUGCUCUUCUUCUUAUAGUAUCAUUGUUUAAAGGAUUAUUGGAAAAGGGAAACAAAGCCCAGGGAAAACCCAAGUAUAAAAUAUAACUUCCCAUAAAGUGCUCGCUAUUUGUAUUAGCCAAAAAAAGUAUAUAUAAAUGCACAAUAUAUACUUUAUUUGGGUAUUACAUAAUACAUAUAUAUUUAUUUAACCCCUUAAGGACACAACGGAAAUAUUCCGUCAUGAUUCCAUUUUUUUUCCAGAAAUUGUGUCCUUAAGCGGUUAAUUUUAUAUUUUUUACGUCUGUCUAUUCAGGGACAGUCUAGUUAAAGGGUUAAGCUGUAGUUGUUCAGGUGACUAUAGUGUCCCUUUAAGUCUUUUGAAGACAUCUUACCCUCUUAUAAUGUUAAUUCUGUGGGUAAUUGUGUCUCUCUAUGCCCCCUGAAUAUUGGAUUAUCCGUAGGUUCCUUUGUUAUGCAGUCAGUUUAUGCUUUCAUACAAACAUCCUCCACUCUGUCUCCCCUUUCCUUGCUUUUUCUUCUCUCUCCCAUUUGUGUUUUACCACACCAUGUUGUCUCUCCUCAUCCAUUGCAGGCUCUCCCCAUCCAUUGCUAGAUCUCCCCAUAUCAAUCCUCCUCUCCCCAUCCAUUGCUGGCUUUCUUUGUGUCAUUCUUCCUCUCCCCAUAUCAUCCUUGCUCUCCCCAUAUCAUUCUUCCUCUCCCCAUCCAUUGCUGGCUUUCUUUGUGUCAUUCUUCCUCUCCCUAUAUCAUUCUUGCUCUCCCCAUAUCAUUCAUCCUCUCCCCAUCCAUUUCCGGCUCUUCGCCGUGUCAUUCUUCCUCUCCACAUCCAUUUCCGGCUCUUCCCGUGUCAUUCUUCCUCUCCCCAUCCAUUGCCGGCUCUCUGCGUGUCAUUCUUGCUAUCCCCAUCCAUUGCCGGCUCUCCCCAUACCAUUCUUGCUCUCCCCAUGAGCAGGGCACUGUUAUAAACCACUGUAUAUGGUACUACCAGGCCUCUUACUGUUCAGCUGAAAUGAUGGGAUGUGAUGGAAUUGUGAGGAGAGUAAAUGUCACCAGCUGGACGAGUGAAGGACAUAAAAAUCAUCCUGGGAGAGGACCUCCUGUCUGUAUAAUUAUACAUCAUGCAGAGUAGUAUUUCCAUUUUAUUGCAUAGCCUGACUUAUUCUAGCUGUUAUUAUUACAUGCUAGUGUCUCCUACAGUCUGCUGUUUGAGCGCAAUGUGUGGAGGUUUCUAGGUUAAACAUUCCCUGACAUAAUGGCACGACAUAGAAAAAGAUAGAAGACUGACAAGUCGGAAUAUCUUAACAUGUCUAUUGGUUACUAUGUUGCAGCCGUGGGUAACAUCAACACAUGAUAAUUCUAUUGUGGUCAUCUAUUAGUCUUAGAGCUUGCAUACAAGACACAUAACAUGACUGCUACAUUCCUUGCAAAGUUUUGGGGUUUCAAAUUCAUUAUGAAUCAUACUCCAGGGCAAGUAUGUUUGACCCCAGUAAGAUUCACCAGAGUUUGUAAUUCCGCCAUAGAAUUGAGUGCAGAACAUGCUGUCGGUCAUUAACAAGUUAGUUAUCUCCGGGAAUGAUGGAGACUGAGAUAAAGAGAUACACUUAAAACAGAUACACUAUUAAUGAUUGAGAAAUAGGUAAAAAUGAUCUUUUUUUAUAAGAAGAUGUAAUUUUAACAAAAUAGCAAUUUAAAUGAACUAAAAUGUAAUUAUUUGAGGCAUAAUAUUCAAUGAGUCAGUUUCACUGGCUGCCAUUUUGUUCAGGUCAGGCUGCCAUUUUGUUCAGGUCAGGCUGCCAUUUUGUUCAGGCUUCAUGACUGGCUGCUUGAUAUUAUAUACCUUGCAAGUAUAACUCAAACAGUAUACAAACAAAAUAACAAAUUAAAAAGCAAUAGUACUUAACUUAUAAAGAUGCGUAACAGCCUCCCUAGGUCGCUACCCAAACGAGCGACCUGUAUCAUGCAUAAUGUAAACCAAAAAAAGAAGAUUUGGGUUAUAAAAGUGCCGAUAUCAAGAGAGUGCCAUUCUAUACUUGAGGAGCGCCAGUGGACGGCACAUUGGGAAACCCCUCUGAGGUUGUGGUGGUGGUGAUGGUUGCUCUUUACAGUUGACUCUCCUAUGUUUAUACUGCAUUUUUCAUUAAUACAGUGGUGUGCAUUGGUCUAGCAAGUCAUUUACUAUUUCCAAACCCCUCACUCAUUUUCGCUUUUUAAAAAUGUACCACAAAGUUGAUUAUGUCUGUAAAUUACCCAAUAUGCCCGCUCUAAUAAGUGCAUCUGGCAGUUACAUCACACUCAUUGCAGGCGGUAUAUAACAUCAUGUAAACCAAAAAAGAAGAUUCGGGAUAUUGCUAUGUAAAUCUACAGAAAAAAUAUAAAACAGAACAUAGUGUGAUAUUGUUAAAGAUACAAUAUUAUAUGCGCAACAAUCUUUUGCACUCACAAGAUGUAGAUGAUAAAAGCGCUCUUAGGGUGCCUCCCCUGGAAUAAUGGGGGGCUAGCUGAUAAUGCUUGUCACCUCUGGAUCCUUGUUCCACCAAAAAGACAUCCACAGGUCAGGGUUCAGCAAUAAAAAAUUAGUUCAUUUAAAUAAAAGGUGUAGUCACCAUAUUCAGCAUAGGAUAUAGAUAACAUAAAAUUGCCCUACGCGUUUCGUUCUAUAAGAACUUCCUCAGGGACCACAAUUAAAAACAAUUAUCAUGUAUCAAUAUACAAUACAUAAAUAAACAUAUCCUAUACAAACCCCCCCUCCCUGUGUCCUUAAAUAGGGCUAAUCCCUAGAGUCCAUUGGUGGAUUCAGGGGGAGUGUAAAUCCUUCCUGUUCCUGGUUGGAGGGACAAUCUCACUGAGGCAGCUGUUAUUUAUUCAAUAAUUUUAUAAUUCGCGCUUUUUUCGGCAAAUACCGCGGGUAAUCCUAUUUCGCCGAAACCGGAAGUGACGUCACGGUUACUUCAGCAUUCCACAUGGGUUCCACACACGACGUCCCCAUAGCAACCAAACGUGAUCGAGUUGUUCAAAGAUCACCUGGAACUGAGGAAGAAUAAACCCCCAUUCUGCUAAAGAAAAGAUUAUUAAACAUGUGCAUUGCAAUUGAUCAUUAUUCACAUCUGAUGUAUGUAGAGUAUCAUCCUCCUAUUGUGAUAUCAUUAAGUAAUAAUAAUAAUAUAAUAAUAAUAUAAAUAAUAAUAACAUUGAUCCUUAUAUAUUUAACCAAUAAUAAUAAUACCUCAAAAUGUUAUGAGUCAAAAGACUUAAUAUUAUAAAGUGCUUAAGUGUCUCAUAUAAAUCAAAAAAGUGAUUAUUAUUUUUUUUAUUAUUAUUAUUUUUAUUUUUUUAUUUUUUUCCUGCCCUACCAAUAUACAACUUUAUAUAAUUGGUGAAAAAUGGACAUCACAGUUAAUCGAUCACUGUCAUCAAUUGAUCUUCAGUAUGUCACAUCUCAUUAGUGUUCCUUAUAAAAAACUUUCAAAACUUAUUUAAUAUCUUAGUGCAAUUCAUUUAGAUACAAAAAAGAUUGUGAAUUAUAACUUAAACACAAAGUCUUUUCUUCAAGAAGUUGAGAAUAUUGAAUGGGAUCCGGAGUACAGUUGGGCCACCCUUGAUGUGACCUUUCUGUACUCAGUGAUUAGCCAUAAUUUGGGUCUGGAGGCAGUUGACUAUUUUAUGGAGCAGGAUUUGGAGUUACCAACGGAUAUAAGAGAGUUUAUUUUUUCUUCCGUUCAAUUUAUUUUAUAUCACAAUUAUUUCUUCUUUAAUGGUGAUUUUUUUCUACAAAUCACGGGGACUGCCAUGGGGACCAAGUUCGCCCCCAGCUAUGCCAACACAUACAUGAGCAGAUGGGAGGAGUUGUUUGUAUGGUCUGGACAUGGCUGGAGGGCGAACUUGGUCCUAUGGCGGCGUUAUAUCGAUGACGUUAUUAUUAUUUGGAAAGGGUCUUCUGUCUUAUUUGAUGAUUAUGUCAAUUUCUUGAAUGAUAACGAAUAUAAUCUGGUUUUCACCCCCAUUUGGAAUAAAAAUGAGAUCAAUUUUCUUGAUCUUUGUUUGUUGCAUGAUUCGAGACAGAUAAGGAGUAAAUGUUUUUUUAAACCUACUGAUGGGAAUGGGUUCGUUCAUCGUAAGAGUGGGCAUUGUGAACCUUGGCUUAAGGCUAUAGCUAGAAGCCAGUUCACCCGACUUAGGCGGAAUUGCUCGGAUAAACAAGAUUCUUUUGCCCAAUCAUCACAUAUAAAGAGGAAGCUUAUAGAUAGGGGAUACAAUGGAAAGAGAUUAGAGAAAGAGAUUUACCGUAUUGGUGAUAUAGAAAGAAAGACAUUUUUGGAAAAUAGACCAUCUAUUCCGGAAACUAGGGAUAAUUUCCGCUCAGCAUUUAUCACCCAUUACAACACUGAUUAUAAUAGAAUUAAGAGGAGUCUUCAAAGUUCUUGGCCUAUUUUGUUACAAGACCCCGUUCUGGGGGCACAUUUAACGGAUAAUCCCGUAGUGAUUUAUAAAAGGAAUAAAAAUUUGAAGGAUAUGUUGGCACCUAGUUAUGCCAUCAAGCCACCAUCUGUUUCUACUUUUGUUCGAUCAGGCUCAUUUCGAGGCUGUGGUACUUGUAAAGUCUGUACCACGGUGUCUAUUAAAAAUACACAUACUUUUUUUAGCUCUACUACGGGGGAGAGUUUCACACUUAGGGAUAGUAUUAAUUGCCACACGGACUUUGUAGUAUAUUUGCUGCAGUACCCGUGUGGCAUGCAAUACGUGGGAUGAACUAAGAGGAUUCUGAAGGUUCGCCUAUUGGAACAUCUCAACAAUAUCAGAAAGAGACUGACGACACAUUCAGUCCCAGCUCAUUGUAUAUCUUGUCCCUUUUUUUCAUUUCAGGAUUUUAAAUGCUGGGGAAUAGAACGAGUUCCCCCUUUUUGGCGUGGGGGCAAUAGAGUACAAAGACUAGCCCAAAGGGAGACUUUCUGGAUAUAUAAGUUACAGACCCUUACACCAAAGGGUCUAAAUAUAGACAUCGACUUAAUGUGUUUUUUGGAUUGACUUGGCCUUAAUAAAGUCUUAAAAUGGAAUACAAUAGAUAUGUGUGUUUGUCCCCAAUUUGGGGCUUUUUCUACAGUUGUAAGUCAAUCCCUAUUUAGAUAGAGGAUUCAUAUAUAUGAUUAUUUUGAGUAAUUAUGUUUAUAUAAUUUUUCACUUUAAGUUAGGAUUUAUGGUCUUGUAUGACCUAAAUCAUAAAGAUACAAUGGAGACACAGCAAUUGACUGUUCGAAUAUUGAAAAUAAACCUACUCGGGUGAUAUAUAGAAUCAAUAUCAUCCCAAAUGUGGAGUUGCACAUUAAUUUUUUAAGUUAUAAUUCACAAUCUUUUUUGUAUCUAAAUGAAUUGCACUAAGAUAUUAAAUAAGUUUUGAAAGUUUUUUUAUAAGGAACACUAAUGAGAUGUGACAUACUGAAGAUCAAUUGAUGACAGUGAUCGAUUAACUGUGAUGUCCAUUUUUCACCAAUUAUAUAAAGUUGUAUAUUGGUAGGGCAGGAAAAAAAUAAAAAAAUAAAAAUAAUAAUAAUAAAAAAAAUAAUAAUCACUUUUUUGAUUUAUAUGAGACACUUAAGCACUUUAUAAUAUUAAGUCUUUUGACUCAUAACAUUUUGAGGUAUUAUUAUUAUUGGUUAAAUAUAUAAGGAUCAAUGUUAUUAUUAUUUAUAUUAUUAUUAUAUUAUUAUUAUUAUUACUUAAUGAUAUCACAAUAGGAGGAUCAUACUCUACAUACAUCAGAUGUGAAUAAUGAUCAAUUGCAAUGCACAUGUUUAAUAAUCUUUCCUUUAGCAGAAUGGGGGUUUAUUCUUCCUCAGUUCCAGGUGAUCUUUGAACAACUCGAUCACGUUUGGUUGCUAUGGGGACGUCGUGUGUGGAACGCAUGUGGAACGCGGAAGUAACCGUGACGUCACUUCUGGUUUCGGCGAAAUAGUAUUACCCGCGGUAUUUGCCGAAAAAAGCGCGAAUUAAAAAAUUAUUGAAUGGAUAACAGCUGCCUCAGUGAGAUUGUCCCUCCAACCAGGAACAGGAAGGACUUACACUCCCACUGAAUCCACCAAUGGACUCUAGGGAUUAGCCCUAUUUAAGGACACAGGGAGGGGGGGUUUGUAUAGGAUAUGUUUAUUUAUGUAUUGUAUAUACAUGCUAAUUGUUUUUAAUUGUGGUCCCUGAGGAAGUUCUUAGGACAAUUUUAUGUUAUCUAUAUCCUAUGCUGAAUAUGGUGACUACACCUUUUAUUUAAAUGAACUAAUUUUUUAUUGCUGAACCCUGACCUGUGGAUGUCUUUUUGGUGGAACAAGGAUCCAGAGGUGACAAGCAUUAUCAGCUAGCCCCCCAUUAUUCCAGGGGAGGCACCCUAAGAGCGCUUUUAUCAUCUACAUCUUGUGAGUGCAAAAGAUUGUUGCGCAUAUAAUAUUGUAUCUUUAACAAUAUCACACUAUGUUCUGUUUUAUAUUUUUUCUGUAGAUUUACAUAGCCAUAUCCCGAAUCUUCUUUUUUGGUUUACAUGAUGUUAUAUACCGCCUGCAAUGAGUGUGAUGUAACUGCCAGAUGCACUUAUUAGAGGGGGCAUAUUGGGUAAUUUACAGACAAAAUCAACUUUGUGGUACAUUUUUAAAAAGCGAAAAUGAGUGAGGGGUUUGGAAAUAGUAAAUGACUUGCUAGACCAAUGCACACCACUGUAUUAAUGAAAAAUGUUCUUCAGGAAGUAUGCAGUAUAAACAUAGGAGAGUCAACUGUAAAGAGCAACCAUCACCACCACCACAACUUUAGAGGGGUUUCCCAAUGUGCCGUCCACUGGCGCUCCUCAAGUAUAGAAUGGCACUCUCUUGAUAUCGGCACUUUUAUAAAGUGACAAAGAGGGGGCACUCUGCUAAUCCCUAACAUAUCUCAACUUAUUUCUUUAAAAUUCACCCACUGCUCCUAAGGCUAAUGCUUCCUUGUUAGGCCAAGCAGCAAGGAGGGGAGGGACUGCUGGGUACUCUUGUUGAGCAGUAAACCACUAAAUAUUAUUUAAUACUGAAUGGAAGGAUGGAGCCGGGGGACUCCAGACACUAUAACCACUUUAAUGAGGUGAAGAAGUUACACUGUCUACAAUUGUCCCUUUAAAAUAAAAUGUUUAGUUAGAAAAAAUAUGCCAUAGCAUUAAUGCAUCAUAUUGAUAGUAUUUAUAUUAAAAAAGCAUUAAUGCAUCAGAUUAAUAGUAUUCAUUAUAAAUAUUUUCUAUAAAAUUAUAUAAAGAGUGGGGUGAAAAGAUAGUUUGACUUGGUUGCAAAAAGCGUGUUUUGUUUUUUUCUUUUUACUUGCACACCCCUGGAAUGAUAUAUAUCUGUAGAACUAUUUGCACAUAGCAGAGACAUAUCCACAGGAACAGACAAGCAGAGACAGGAGGAUUUUGGUACAGUGAGAAAAUGAAGGAAUGUGUCCAGGACCAGGCCAGAUACAAUCAAAUGAUAAGCCCACAUUCUGGAUAAUAAUGAUGAUAUAUGACUUAGAAAGUUUGUUUCCCCCACCCCCUUUAUUCUUGUCCGUAAUUGAAAUCUGAAUUUCAAAAAUGUUGUUAUUAUAACCGAGUUGGAAAAUUUUCCCAAAUUAGCACUUUUUGCCUAAAUAUUUCAAAACCGCUUUCAAUUUGAAAAAUAAAAUAAAAUGUACUGCUUAGUGAAUAAAUCUCAUUGUUUCAAAAUAUGCAGCUGUUUUAUAAGAAAGUAUCUCUACCAGUUGUGGCUUUUAAGUGUAAUUGGUUGUUAUGAUGGUCAGUUUAUUACUUGGUUACUGGUGGUGUUUUGCAGAUAUAGUGCAGUAAGAUCAAUUCUUUGUAUUUUUGGGAAAAUGCAAAAUUGAUAGAAGAUUGUGUCUCUGCUGUAUAUACCACGUUACAGAAAGCUACACAUGGGUCAUUACGUUCCAUCUGGUAAUGAGUCAAUUAAAGCCACAAUGAUGUUGGUUCCAGUCUUGGAAGCAUGUCACGUAUCCUGAAAUAGAAUCCUAAAUUGUAUUUUUUAAUAUUAGAAUUGUUGUAAUUAGUCUUUCUCUCAGGAAGAUCCUUCUUCUGACCACCAGGUUAUUGCAGAAGAGCUCUGAAAGCAGCCGCACCCCAUAAUUUAUAAAACUGCAAACUCACUAUAAACUGCGUUAUAGAUCAUUCUUUUUAUGACAAAGUAGCUACAGUUAUCUGCAGAGCGAAAAAUAGAAAAUGUAAUCACCAGAAUUAAAAUAUCCAGUGACCAGGCCAUUAGCCUAUACUCAAAAUCUAAAUAACACCUCUAAAAAUAACGUUAUGACCAAUGGUAUUCUUCUAUGCAAAAACUCUAUAAACUGUGUAUUGAAAAAUAAAGUAUCUGUGGUCGGUCAGUAUAAAACACUUAAGAUGGAUGUGAUAUUUAAGACUUUUUUUGUGUGUGUGUGUUUCGUGCUCUAUCUGCAUUUGACUUAUGUUUUUUUUUUUCUACAAACCAAUAUACUUAAAAAAAAAAAAAUUGGUCUGCUGGAGGCUUUUUUACAAACGUUCCUACAGACACCAAUGUUGUUUUAUGGUCCUGAAAAAAAACCUGUAAGUGCCUGCAUUAAAAGCAAGAUCCAGUGACUGAGGACAGGUUAGCUUUAUUUACUAAACUCCGAAUGGCAGCGAAGGGCUGUGAUAUUGUCAACCAAAUUUUGUCUAUUCACAAAGGCAAGUGUAGUUAUUUCAAGGGAAUUUGCGCCACCAUUCGGCUGAUGUUCAAUUACCUGUUAAAUGAGAAAAAUGUAUGUGGUUUAUUUUUAGGAAGGGCUGUUCUAACCAAAACCAGAGUAUUCCUAAAAACCCUUUAACGUUAAAACAAUAUCUGCUGAUCUCCUGUCUGAGCUCAGGCCCUACACAGCAGUAUUGGUUGCCUAAUAGGUAAUUCGACUCUGUAUACACAAAAUCUGUUCCAUCAAACGAAGUCAGUUUGGUGUUUAGAGUAUCCCUUUAAGUGCCUUGUCCUAAGUUCAUUCCUCCCAGUGGGAGAUAUGCCCAGUUUUUUUAUCAAUACUAUAUCAGAAAUGGUGGGGAAUUAUACUUCCUAGGAAGGCGUGGUUAAUAAUAAAGUAAAAGUAAAUAGAAAAUUACUGAUAGCCACAUUAAAGGGACAGUAUAGUCACCAGAACAACUACAGCUUAUUGAAUUUGUUCUGGUGAGUAGAAUCAUUACCUUCAGGCUUUUUGCUGUAAACACUGUCUUUUCAGAGAAAAUGCAGUGUUUACAUUACAGCCUAGUGAUAACUUCACUGGCCACUCCUCAGAUGGCUGUUAGAGAUCCUUCCUGGGUCAUGGCUGCCUAAAAUGCAUCCAAACAUUCAGUAUCUCCUCCCUCUGCAUGCAGACACUGAACUUUCCUCAUAGAGAUUCUAUGAGGAGAUGCUGAUUGGCCAGGGCUGUGUUUGAAUCAUGCUGGCUCUGCCCCUGAUCUUCGUCUUUGUCAGCCUCAGCCAAUCCUAUUGGGAAGCAUUGUGAUUGGAUCAGGCCACCACGUCUGAUGACGUCAGCAGACUGCUUGUUUUUUUUUUUUUUUAGGCAGACAGCAUGCAGAGUUACAGCUUCAGGCUUGAAUACAGUAAGAUUUUGCUAUAUUUAUGGAGGCAUGAGAGGCCCAGGGGGGUUAGAUGGUGGUUCUAACACUACAUGUAUUCCUGACCCUUUAGUGAUCCUUUAAUGACUUGUUAGUAACCUGUUAUCAUACCAACUCCCAAAAUCUUGAUAAGAUGCCCAAUUAGAAGGAUGUCAUGCUAGGUGAGGUAUGUCAGCCAAGAGGAGGCAAUGAAAAGCAAUAAAAUGAUUAAUCAGAUCUUGUAGAUAUAGAGCAAUUAAAUUGUUCUAAACAUCCGUGAAUACAACAUUUUAAAAAGAGAGUCCUCUACCUCUGUGACACGGAAAGAAAUGCUUGUGUGGAAUAUAUGUCAUGCUGAUAUGACAUGGCAUAUUUUUUGACUAGCUACGUAUAUAUGUGUUAGCAUAUGAGCAUACCUCCCAAGUGUCUAAAUCCCUCUGUCCCUAUUUUGUUUCUCCUAAUGUCCCUUUUUUUUUUUAGGAGCUCCGUGGUGUUAGAGUGUCUGAGUGUAUAACGGAGCUCCACAGCAAUAUACUAACACUAAUGUGUAAUUAAACUACAAGAAGGGUGUUUAGAAAUCAGUCUGUGUAAACAGGAUACAUUGUACUUGUUCUAAUUAUAUUUCAGCUGUCAAACUUAUUAGUAAGACACCUACAAUUUCUUAAAACAGCCCCGUCCCUGGCCACCUCCUCCCUUAAAAUUAAUGUGUCCCUAUUUGUCCAUUUGACAGUUUUGGAGGUAUGUAUGAGGAUGCAUGCGCAGUGAAUGAAAUCGGCAGCUUUCUGGAAUAGGCUUGUAAAAUGGCAAUGGCGGACCCUAUUACGAGCAGAAGAACAGGAUUGUCAUGCUUGCAAAAAUGCACUGUAGUAGUCUGUAUCGUAAUCCGAAUAUUCACAAAGACACAACAUUCACUGAAUGUUAAAAUAUCUCAAAGGGACCAGCAGGGCAAACAUGUAUUCUUCACCCUGAGAAUAAAUACUGCCAUGCAGUCAUGUAACAGCUGGGUCCACUAUUAACAUUUUUAGUUUUGCAGCCCACCUACACACCUUUGUUAGCAAUUCCUGUCUUUAGUUGUUUUGACAUGUCAUACUUCUAGUACACAUAGUAGACCACGAGUUGUCCAUUGGCACAAGAUUGAGGGUCAUGCAGGCAGUCGAAUGCAAAGUGUGGAUCAAAAUAUUGUGUUUUCAGAAAUGUUUUUUGGUAUUUCAGAACAACAUGCAAACUUAUCUGUCCAAAAUACUCUCACUCCAUACGCUUCCUACACAUGUAAGUAAAGCCCUUUAUAAUAUAGUUAAUAUGUGCAGAAUAUCAUUUAAACCAAGGCUACAGGAUUCCAAAUUAAGGAAGGAGGCAACAUCACCCAGUAAUGUAGCACAGGUUAACGUGUGUAUUUAAAAGUCAGCGCUCACAAGACAAAAAUUACUACAGAUACCUGUAAAGUGUGGAUAAAAAGAAUGCUGAAGUAUUAAUAAAUCUCCCAAUCGUCACUGAUCUAACUGGACAGCUUAAUUUGAGAUUCUUCUUUUCGCUGUAUCCUGGUUUUUGUUGUUUUUUUUUUUUUUAGAAUAUGAUCAGAUUUUAUUUUUUUCAAUGUAAUUACAAAUACCAGUUCCAGUAGUAGGUAGAAGCACUCCGUCUUGUUUUUCGUGUUCAUCUUUCUGGGUCUCCUAACCCGUGCACUGGAAGUGUGUAAUUACUUCUUAUCUCUAUACAUUGCUGAAUACACAGACACUCAGUCAUUCACAAAACCGAGAUUUGCUGGGAAGUCCAAGGGAAUUUCAAAUCUCAGGCCGAAAUAAUCAAACUGAAAAAAAUUUAACUUUUUUUUCUGUAUUAGCUAUUUGGGCCUACAUUUUGAUGUGCAUUUUGAAUUCCCAGCAGUUGUCACUUUAGUGACCAACCCUGUCUCUCUGUUUUAGUUGAACGCACAUACCUCCUUUUUACUUGUUCAGAUCUGCUGUUUUUUUGCAAAGGCUCACUGAACAUGUCACUUGCGCACUAACGUCCCAGCUUCCAUUGCACAAACAGCAAGUGGCUCCGCAACACUCACACUUUCACUAACUCACACUUGUUUCUGCCUUUCUUCCAGUGGACAGUUUGCCAUAGUAAAACGAUGCCAGGAAAAAAAGACUGGAGUGAAUUAUGCCGCCAAGUUCAUCAAGAAACGUCAGAGCCGGGCAAGCCGCCGCGGGGUCACCAGAGAGGAGAUUGAACGCGAGGUGAAUAUUCUGCGGGAGAUCAAGCACCCCAACAUUGUUACCCUGCACGAUGUGUACGAAAACAAGACAGAUGUGGUUCUUAUUCUAGAGCUGUGAGUAUAGACGUGACAUAUUGACGCAUUGUAGAAUGUUAGUAACACUGUGACAUCGUUUCAGUAUUUAUGGAAUUUUAAUACUUUUCCCCUACAUGGAAUGGUAGUGUUUAAAUCAGGCUUCCCCAAACUCUGGGAAGGAAACAGGAAAGUCCAGACAUGUCCUCUUCUCGAAGGAAAUGAAACAAUGCAUCCUUCCUGCAAUUUCUCUUCCCAGUGAAUAUAUUAUUCAUACAGCAGACUGAUUGAUAGCUAUGCAUGUAUAUACAAGCACGCUUUAUAAAUAUUCAACACGAUGUGUAUUUUAAAGACCAUCACUAAGGUGUCUAUUUACUAAACACCGAAUUAUAUACCAUGACUACAGAAAAGUUCAAGAAUAUUCCACAUUAUAUAUUUUACGCUCAGUUUGUAAAUUCAGGAUUCACUCACCACCAUCCAUUUUAGUGAAUAAACCCUUUUAUGUUUGAGUGAGAAGAGAUUUGCGUUACUUUAGGUUUAUUUACUGUAUAAUUGUCAAGGAUGCGGAAUUCUCUGCCUGAAGAGGUGAUUUUAUCAGAGUCCAUACGGAUGUUUAAACAGCAAUUGGAUAAAUACUUGCAAAAACAUAACAUACAGGGAUAUAAUUUCUAAUUAGUGGGGUAAUAGCUUCUUUUUUUCCUAGUUUGUUGCAAAAUUGGAAGCGCUUCAAACUGUUUUUUUUUUUUUGCCUUCUUUUGGAUCAACAGCAAAAACAGAUGUGAGGAAGGCUGAACUUGAUGGAUGCAGGUCUCUUUUCAGCUACGUAACUAUGUAACUAUGUAAUUUAAAGCGCCCAUUAUUUGAUACUGGUAACAUAAAAGGGCAGGACACCACAUUUGGUUUACUCCACUGCAUAAGCAUUUAAAGUUUUGACCUCCUGUUCUUUAUAGAUGCCGGUGAAUCAUUAGCCCCACGUAUAACAUAAUGCAGUGUUGAAGAGGCCCAAAUGAGUAUGCAUUUGUUCAUAUACGUAUUCUUUUAACGUGGACAGGUUCGGUUUAAUAGAUAACAGAUCUAAAGGCACUAAAUAUAUGACUUAUCACAGUAAUAAAUUAUAUAUUUAUUUGAUUGGGCCCUUUGGUCCAGUGCCACCAUAUUGAAGGAUUUGUGAGCAUUACAGUGAUGUCCCUGUAUGAUGAGAUUGUCCCUGCUUGGGGAUGCUUCCAUAAGCACGACAUUCCUCCUUACUGAUGCUGACAUCAGUAGCGUACCUACCUUGGGAGGCUGAAGAGGCAAAAACUUGGGGAGGCGCCACAUGGCUGCUGCACCAGUAAAAUACUAAAGCAUUUGCGUGGCUUGAUGUGACUUCCUGUCCGUGACUCAACGGCAAGGGCUGAACUUAGUAUGAGGAUGUAACAUCACGUCCUCACGUUAAAGGACCAUUCUAGGCACCCAGACCACUUCAGCUCAAUGAAGUGGUCUGGGUGCCAGGUCCAGCUAGGGUUAACCCAUUUUUUCAUAAACAUAGCAGUUUCAGAGAAACUGCUAUGUUUAUGAAUGGGUUAAGCCUUCCCCUAUUUCCUCUAGUGGCUGUCUCAUUGACAGCCACUAGAGGCGCUUGCGUGCUUCUCACUGUGAUUUUCACAGUGAGAGCACGCCAGCGUCCAUAGGAAAGCAUUAUGAAUGCUUUCCUAUGUGACCGGCUGAAUGCGCGCGCAGCUCUUGCCGCGCGUGCGCAUUCAGCCGACGGGGAGGAGAGAGGAGGAUCGGAGGAGGAGAGCUCCCCGCCCAGCGCUGGAAAAAGGUAAGUUUUAACCCCUUUCCCCUUUCCAGAGCCGGGCGGGAGGGGGACCCUGAGGGUGGGGGCACCCUCAGGGCACUAUAGUGCCAGGAAAACGAGUAUGUUUUCCUGGCACUAUAGUGGUCCUUUAAGCUCCACCGUCACCGUCAUGUCGCAUUAAUGGUUUUUGGCGCCGAAAAAGUAGAGAGGACUCAGAGCCUGCAGAAGGGAGCAAAUGUCUUUCAAUUGCUGUUGUCCUCUUUGCAGAAUUGCUGAAAGUUUACUUCCUGAUGUAACGAUAUCUUAGAUGUGACAUUUUGUGCUGUAAUACACAAAAUAUUUGCUCUAGCUGAGCCUGAAGAUGGUAGAUAAGACCCGCUGUUGCAGUGUACAUAUAAAUAUGGUAUUUUCUUUGUUUUAAGUAGUUUUUGCAACAUUUGAAAAGCAUUUUAAUUUUAGUUUACUCAAGCUGUUUGGCAGCCUGAACACUCCUGAAAGGGCACUUGGAACCAUUGUUUGAAUGUUCAUAACUUCCUAAGACAUUAAUAAAUUCGUCACCGGUUGUUUUUUUUUCUAUUGCAUUUAGAAGUGCUUAUUCAUAAAAAUGUGAUAAUGAUUGUUAUCAAGAAAAAUACCAUAGUAUUUACAUGUGUUGAAUUAUCCUGACAACCAGAGGGACAGGGUGAUGUUGGCUGAGUUGGUGGUAUAUUGGGGGGCUCAAAAUUUAGUUCUGUCCUUGGCGACCGUAACUCUGGUUACGCCAAUGGCUGACAUGCUGGCUUCACUGCGAGCACGUUAGUGUCCUUGUGUCCUACGCUCUCUCAGAAACAAGAGGAAGGCCUGCUGCAGAAUAGCCAUGUGACAAGGAGCCAGAGAACUGCCAGGGGGAGGAAUUUUUUGCUCCACCUGUCACUCACCCAGACAAUAAAUGUUGAUUUUUAUAUUUGAGUCAUGGGAAGUGGCAGUUCCCCUUUAAAGAACAUUUAGUCACCUGUAGCCCUCAGCGCCGACAUGACAGAGAAAGCACAUUGUCAGCACUGAGAGAGUAAUAGGAAAUACAAGGUAAAGAAUAGUCCGUUACUUGGCAAUGAAGGUGGCGAGAAAGAUGUAUUUUUGGGGGGAUAUGAAAUAGAUGCAUUGCAGAGGCAAGUCUUAAGAAAAGCAUGAAGGUGAUUAUUAGAAGAAGACACUCUUGAAAGCAAAGGGUCAGUGUUGUGAUGGUAAAUGUCGAUUGAAUAUAAACAUAGAAAUGUUUUUGAGGAAUGCCUCUGACAUUUGAUACCAUGCCAUGCCUCAUGAACUCCUAACAAUGUAAGAUUAGACCUCCUCGAACGAUAGCAAGUUAAUCGUGAUGAUGUUGUUAUGGUGAUGGGACUGGAGUUUAAGUGAACAUGCACUUUUGAUGCUCUUACAGUAGUCAGAACCACCAUAAAAAUUAUCUUUGACUUAUUGUCUAAUUGUUUCAUUACUUUCUGACAAUGACCUUGUCCCUUCUACUCUCAGUGCUGGAACAUCUUGGCUUUGGCCCCAGGUGAUAAUCAUAAGUUCAGUCAUGAUCUUUACUCGUUACCAAGCGUGAGAAUUAAAGCAAGUAGCCAACACUCCAAACCUUUGUCAGUCAGCAAUAGAAUGAGAGAAGGGUUCCCCUCUUCCCAGUUUCCUUUGAACUGGUUCUAGAACCUUGCCUCUGGAAGAUGCACAACAUUCAUGGGAUACUUGAAGAAGUGGAGACGUGUACAUUUUCAGCCAUUGCAGAUGUUUUAUUGUCACCUCUGUGCUGUAGUAUUUAUGUUGCUUAUGAGUCUUGGGUGCCGUCCCCUGCUAAUAUGUACACCAUUUAGAGUUUGGCACUUACCAUGCUGUGUCAGGUGCCCAUGGUCCUUCUGGUCUGAUUCACCUGAAAAGGCAGAAAUUUAAACUUCCACAUCAUACCAAAGAAGUAUAUACCAAAAACUAUUAAUUGUCUGAGUGUCAGCUGUUAAAGAGCAUAGCGUGUACUUAUAAGGCAAUGCUUGCUCUAAUUUUAUAGCAAAUAUAUUUUGUAUAUUUUUUAAGAGGGUCAUGGGAAAUGAUUAAAUCCUCUUCUUCCUUUUCUGCCUUACAGUUUCCUCUCACCGUAUUCAGGAAGUAAAGUACAUUACGUGCCCCGUUCUGCUGCAGAUGUAGUUUCAGUUAUGUUAACUUACAUUGUUUUCUCGAUGUUUGAAAAUAUGUUUAGCAGCCUACAGAAUUUAACAUGAGAGCAGCGUUCUAAGGACACCGCUUCAGAAGUAAAAGACCAGCGUGAUGUAAAAUUUCCGUCAUGUGACCUUAAGGGGGUUAAGGAAUUAUUUUCUUUUAUGCCUCCAAAUUAUUUUAUAAGGUAACGUGCAAGUAUUUACUAUGCAAACACGAAGGACAGUCACCUAAAACAGCAAGACUUCCUCCAGUUAAAAUAUAGAAAGUAAUUUUCUAAAGCAAACUGCCAAAUUUAGGAAAAUAAUUGCUGAUUUGGCAAAAUGUAUUUAUUUAUAUUUAUUUAUUUAUAAAAUAUUUUACCAGGAAAGAUACAUUGAGAUUUCUCUCAUUUUCAAGUAUGUGCUGGGUAAAAAUGAUCAAACUCCGCGACAGCCAUAGCUUGGCUCUAUCAGCCUAAAUCAGGCAUAGGCAUACUUCGGCACUGCAGAUGUUUUGGACUACACCUCCCACGAUGCUUUGCCAGCAUUAUGGGUGUAAGAGCAUUAUGGGGGAUGUAGUCCACAACAUCUUGAGUGCCGAUGGUUGCCUACCUCUGGCCUAAAUUUUGCAAUUCAGUUUAAAAACUCGCUACAAUUUGGUGGUCAGUGAAUAAUCCUUAGUGUCUGAACUAUAACAAGAAAUGGUGAAAAACAAUGGCUACUGUCUGAAAUGUGUCAGUAUAUGAAGAUAUUAUAGGUUGCGUGUGUGGUUAACCAGAAGGAUAUUGCAGACUCUUCACUUCCCCUAAACAUAGACAUUCUCUUUUUUAACAGGGCAGGACAUGGGGGCUUUAAUUAGCCUUCAAUGUUAGUAAUAUAAAAAACAGAAAAUCAACACUUUUCUAUCAUAUUUAUAGUAGUUUUUAUUGCACUAUAUAAAGCAUUUCUUAACAAACUUGUGUUUUAAUCACUGUGCACUUUAUCUAUCAGGUCAAAAUAAUUCCAGUGAAUUCACAUCCGUGAUACCGAAUCGGUCGAUUAUCUUAACUGGGAAUUGUGUACAAUUGGCAAGAUAAUUGCAGAUUUGAAGCCAAAAAAGCAGAUUUGAAGAACUCUUCACAUUUUUGGCUUGCCUUUUUUAGGUUUCCACUAUUCGUGAUUACCCACCUACGUUUAUAUUUGUCAGAAUUCUUUUUUUUUUUUCCCUAACUUUUUGAGAUUAUAUCAGUUUUGAAAAUUUUAGAUAUUACUCCUACCCAUUUAUAAAUUUGUUUAGGCUAUUGAGAUUUACUGGGUAAUCGUUUACAUCGACAGCCAAGAUGUAGCUAAUAUGACUGUGAAUUUUGCUCUGCUAUAGUUAGUUUAGUGGUUAUUUACUUGGCUAGAUGAACAGGUUGUAGCCAGACAAGUGUCGCAUUCUGUUGUUUACCCACCUCCGUCCGGGAGUUCUUUGAUGUACAACCUCCCGACUCACUCACAAUAUAAAUAUGGGACUGGUUGCAUUGUUAUAGAAGCUGGUUAUUUUGCUAACAAAAGGAUGUAAUAGAGCCCUGCUUGCAGGCUGGUGUCUUUCCCUGAAACCAUGAGCUUCCAGCUUUCAUGAACACAUCAGCAGCUGUAUUUGUGUGUACAUAAAGGGUUACCCCAUUUGGACACUGCAAAAUGAGCUAGCAAUUAGGACUUUUCGAGUUGAACCGUAACGUUAUCUAAAGUGGUAAGUCUUGAAAACUUAGCUCAGUAUAUACUAAUCUGGAUCUGAUCUGUACCCUGCUUAAGAGCUGGAGGGCCUAAAAGUGCUUCCCUGCAUACAGGAGGAAGGGGCGUCCCUCUGCUUUAAGUCUAUUGGAAAUGAUAUGAGCCACAUGGUGAAAAGGAUGGAUUUCCUGUGCCCUAUGCCGUUAUAGUUUGGUCAGUAACCCCACUGUGCCCCAUUGCUCAUCAAGUAUGUUUUUCUGUGCCGCUUCCUGCAGGCAAAACCUAUUUAUGUUUUGGUUCUUUAUGCUUUAAAAUACAUAUGGGAAUGGUUUUAUAUAUGAUUGAAAAUAGCUCAAACACAUGCUCCUGUAGGCACAAGAGUCCGGAAGCAUAAAUAAUAUUUCUUAAUUACGCCCCCAGCAUACUUUUCAACUCAAGGACCAUAAAGCUCUUGAUCCAGAGCCGCCUAACAUUUUAUUGAGUGCAUUUAAUAACUGUAUCCCUUCUACUUCUGAAAUAGUUCUUUAAAAACAUUCGUGCGGGGAACAUAUACCACAGAUUAAUGAACUUUACUUUUAAGGUUUAGUUUCCAGAAACAGCAAAGUGAAUUAUCGGCAAUAUCCUAUAGAAUUUCUGGAAGUGAAAAAGAAACUCAUUUUAUUCUCGGGGUCUAUGAAUCAAAUUGUGAUUUUCUCCAUUAGCCAUUUACUGGUCCAAUCCGCACAGAAUGUCUCAUGAGAACAUUGACACAAUGACUCAUCCCAUAAUUAGAUAUCUGACUCUUUCUUUCUUUCUUUCUUUCUUUCUUUCUUUCUUUCUUUCUUUCUUUCUUUCUAUCAAAUCAUCAUUUUAACAUAGGUGCUGUGUGACCAGGUGACAAUGACAAGUUUAAUGGAUACAACGGGAGUAAUAUGACCCACUGACCGUGAUGUCACAAAUGCCUUAAAAUACAUUGUGGAGGGUGCAAUAUUACUAAAGGGUUAUUCACUCAAUUGUAAAUGGCGUAGAAUGAACAAAAUCAUGUAACAUUUUUGCCCAAAGUAUCCAGAUUGGGAAGAUAAAUCUACAUUUCAUCUAUAAGGCUAGCAUGACUAUUUUACCUAAAAUUUUAUAUCCCUGUGCCAUUCUCUCCACAAUUUCUGUCUUAGUCGAUAACCCAUAUCUGAUGUAUAAAUAUGGAAUUUUCGCAGAGAAGUUACCGUAUCAGUGACUUUUUACAUUGUAUCUGUACAGGGUUUCCGGAGGUGAACUCUUUGAUUUCUUGGCUCAGAAAGAGUCGUUAAGUGAAGAAGAGGCAACAAGGUUCAUCAAGCAGAUCCUGGAAGGAGUUAACUACCUGCACACCCGAAAGAUCGCCCACUUUGACUUAAAGGUAAUAAAAUAUGGGAAUCAGUCCUUACAAAAAAGGAUCAAAAUAUUGUUUGCAAAUUUUUUAAAGAGAAUUCUAAGCUGUAAAUGGUUGCAUGUUUACAGUUUACAGGGUUACAUCAACUCUUUUUUUCUUUUCUUCGAAUAAUGCUCUUUUGGGCAUUAUUCUUUAAGUUCCCCUAAAAACCACAGAAAAAAAAAUUUCAAAUAGGUUUUACUUAUCUUAAUCCAGCACCGGGCAAAGGUCUUGGCACUGCUCUGCACACCCCUUGUGAUGUCACAGGAGCUGUGCGGAGGUCUAAUCAAAGGCUUCUAUUUAACUGUCAUAUAUAAUUUAACAUAAAUUAUAUAUAAUAUUGCCUUUAAGUGUGCAUGCGUGCUCAGAGCAGGCGAAGGGAGGAGCAGAGGAUGGGAUUGGGAGAAACAAGCUCUGGCGGCAAGGGAGAAGCAGAAAGCAUUGGACGCCAGUGUGCUGUGUGCGCUGACAGCAGGAGUAAAAUAUGCACAGAAUUGACAAUCAGACAGCCCAGAAAAGAGUUCUAGGCUGUUUAUGUCAUGUGUGCCGGGGGGUGUAACCAGCCCAUGGCACACAAGUGCAAAUAUCCCUGCUUGUUCUGCGUUUAAAGCUGAAACACUGCACAUCCAGACUCCUACCACUAUAACCACUUCAAAAAGCAGAAGGAGUCAUGGUGAUUGAAGUUACCCUUUAAAUAUACUUUUGAGUACAGAUUUCUUAUUGGAUAAGGUGAGUGCACUAUGCUAUAGCUCCAACCCAUCUCUUUUUUAAAUACAGUGUAUGCACAUUAUUAGGUAGCUUACAGCUGUAUUAUCUUAAAGAAAAUGUAGAGCUUUCUUUCAUAGAAAUUAAUAGGAGCUGCCUGCAGGUUGUCAGUGUAGCCUCAACUGGUUUUAAAGGUGCAGCGCAGCGCGGGCACAUAGUGAAUUUUAGGACGUAUGUUAACCCUGUAAGUACUGGAAGGUUGUGUGAUAAAAAUUGAGUUUGACCUAGUUACCUAUACUGUAUUUUCCCCAUAGAAGGGACGAUUGUCUAUGUAGCAGAAUCAUACAGUGCUUUGCAUAUCACCGUAUACAUUUCACAUGUUCUUUCUUUUUUUUUUCUGUCAGCCAGAAAACAUUAUGCUCUUGGAUAAAAGUAUUCCCGUGCCUCAUAUAAAGCUGAUUGAUUUUGGCUUAGCUCACAAAAUAGAAGAUGGAGUGGAGUUCAAGAAUAUUUUUGGGACACCGGAGUUUGUAGGUGGGUACGGACGCUUCUCGCAGAAAAUCUGUUUAAAACCCUUCUGUUAUGAAAUGGUUGAGUUCCCUUCUCAUUACAAAAAUAACUUCAUUACUCAGUGAUCAAAUAAAUAAAGGAACAUGUGGAGAACGUUAUUAAAGGGAUACUAUAAGUACCAGGAAUACAAAGCUGUAUACUUGGCACAAUAGCUCCCCUGCCUCCCCCCCCAAUGCGGUAAAAAAGAUAGCUAAAGACCCUUUAUUUACUUACCUUUCACCAGCGCCAAUGUCCCUCAGCAGUAGGUCGCGGCUAUUCCUCCUCCCUGGUCCCACAACAAGCCAGCGCUAAUGCGCAUGCGCGGCAAAUGCUGCACACAUUAGACCUCCCCAUAGGUAACCAUUGAAUCAAUGCUUUCCUAUGGGGAAAAAUCUGACGCUGGAUGUCUUAAUGCAGAGCGUGACGACGUCCAGCGUCAGGUACUGGACCAAAGGUCCGUUUGGAUGUAGGAAGCUCAUCCACUGGAGGCAGACUUAGUGCUGCAAUGUAAACAUGCAGUUUCUCUAGAACUGCAAUGUUUAAUAUUGCAGAACUAAGGGCAAUAGGGACAUUGCGCCCAGACUACUUCAGUGAGCUGAAGUGAUCUGGGUGCCUAUAGUGUCCCUUUAAUGUAAUUAGUCAGCCAGCUCAUCCACCUGUCGGUUUGCUUGUUUGUCUGCCUAUCUGUUAAAAUUUGCUACAGAAUUUCUCUAUCCACUGCUACACUUACUACAUGGCAAUAAUUGUGUAUAGAUGGAAAGAUGCCUCCUUUAUGUAAACCGAUCUCCAUGUGCUACAAACUUGUCUCAGACCAUAUCGCAUUCUCUGAAUCUAAACCAGCGAACCAAUGGCACACAGACCUACAACACCCACUUUCCCAGAAACAAUGGGAAUACGUUUAUUAUAAGACACUGUUCUGCUGGUCUAUGGUACCCAGUAGGCUACAUAAGAUGUUCCCCCAAACAUCCGCCACCUGUUGGCGCUGUAAUGUAGAAGAAGGAUCCUAUCUAUGUAGUUGGUGGACAUGCAUUGCCCUCAAGCUUCUGGAAGGAGAUCCAUCGCCUUUUUUCUAAAAAUGUAGAGCACACUACAACCUUCUCACAAGGACCUAUCUCCUCCUUGAUUUACCUCACUCCCUGCCACGACACGUAAUCAAGCUAAUUAUGCACAUAGCACUCACAGCCCAACGUAACAUUGCCAGAGACUGGAAGUCCCCCCUCCCUUAAGAACCUCUUUAAGGAACUCAAUAAACAAGGCUCCUAUGAGCGUCAUUUCCUCUAUCUCUUCCAAAAAACAAAACUAAUAUUGAAUGCUUGGUCGACAUCGGACACGUGGAGAUCAGGGGUUAGAGGCUGAGUUUGUAACCAUUGAACUAUGUCAUCUUUGGGACCGUACAACACCUUGUAACAACCUUGUAAAAAUACUUAACUGGUCAAGUCACCUCCAAACUAAUGCCUAGUUUUCCUACCCACAUCCAUACCGAUCAACUACAUAUAUGUUGUCGUUGAACAAAAUGUACCUGUUCAUGUAAAACUACUCUUAAGUGCUCAGACUAUGUACCCAAUGUGAUGUUUUGCACCUGCUCUUCCCCCUCCCCCUUUUUCCUUUCUGUACACCCCCCCCAGCUUUCCUUUGAAAAAUCAAUAGAAACUUUUCAAAUCAAAAGAAAUUUCUAAAGAAUUUGGGUUAAUCACUAAAAGUUGCCAGAUUCAAAAUAGUCUUCACUCUGUUUUUUUUUUCUAACUCAUCUACUUUGGCUUACAUUUUGACUCCCGACUGUUCCCUAUUUAGCAAAAAAUCUCUGAAUUUAUGAACAAGUUACUGCCCAAUGGUGAACUAAUGAAAUAUUCCUCUGCUUUAAAAAUAGAUAUCCGCUAUAUAGAUAGAAAGAUAACACACACAUUUAUCCUGUAUCCAUCGUUUUAAUGCUAUACUGUUUCUGUUUUAGCUCCUGAAAUCGUGAAUUAUGAGCCUCUGGGACUGGCAGCAGACAUGUGGUGAGUCUCCCUCUAGUUGUCUCUGACUCUUUCCUUCACCAGGAGGGCAAGAGUUAACCCCGCACUGAAUAGCACUGGAUGUAGAGGUGUUUCUUGUACAAUAUUAACGUAACUUUCUAUUUUAGGAGCAUUGGAGUGAUCACCUACAUAUUGUGAGUAUCGAGCGUGUCUGUCACUGAAUAACCGAUAUAAUUAUUACGAUUAUUAUUAAUACAGUACCAACAUAUCACAAACUGCUUGCUGUUAAUUAAUGUCUGUUUUUAAAACAAUAUAUACUUUAAUAACGAGGAUGAACUUAUUGACAUGUGCAUAAUUUCCAUUUAAAUUGUCCGUUUGCAUAGCCCAGUUAAAUGUUGAAAACUUGCAUCUUGUAACAUUUCUUGCAAUCAGAAAGUCUCAAUAAUCUCUAAUUUAGAAGUACAGAGGUUUUAUUAAUAAUAAUCACAGUCCAAAAUUAUUAGGGCAGACGUGUCAUCAGAACGGUGACUUUCCUGUUCUUUACAUUUUUCCCAAUAUCCAGCCGGUGGCAUUAAUCCUACCUUUCCACUUCACUUUUGUCUCUUUGUGCUUUGGAGCUCAAAUAAUUUGCCCCAAAUUUAAUGGUCUACAAGUAUACCCAUGUCAAUCUAAUGACAAAAUGAAAGGGGGGGGAGGGAGAGAGUGGAGGACCUUUGGAGAAGUGUGGCUCAGAAGAUGAUCACCUUCACCUUGGGAAUCUAAUAUUGGAUUAAUAAUAAAUGAAAAUAGAAAAAAAUAAAAAUCAAUAGACAUACAUCAUCUAUAGUUCUAGGUCUAGACAGUUGGAGUAAUGGAUCUAAUGAAGGCAGUUGAACUGCAGGGUUUGAAAGCCCUCCUAAUAUUCACUUGUCAAGACACAUAAAUUAUAUUUCAGUGCUUAGGUCAUAGCCUGAUAGUCAGUCCAACACCUUAACAACAUUUUAACAAUAGGAAAGAUGAAAAGAUGGCGACCUUAGGCAGCAUUCUUAGGGUGGAACAGAACCAGAAAGACAGAAGCAAAUCUGCAGCAGGUCAGAACCAUAAUGGACGUAGCAUCUAGAAACCAGAUUGGUAAAAGAUCAGGACCUCGAGCAAUACGAGGAACCAGCUGGGAUGGCAGUGAGGAGCAAAGUAACAAAAAUUGAAUAGGGAGCAAGAAACCGUGUCAGUGUAUGCUGUGAUUCUAAGUUGCUGUGUCCACAUGAUCACAGAGGCAUGGACCUUCAUCCUCAAAUUCCCAUCAUAAUGUCUUGAUGGGUCUUUUAAUCGGGUGUUUUCUUGAUUGCAUUGCAGUGUAUACUGCAAAUACCAUUCUGUAUAGUUGUGGUGGGUGGUUGAAGCUAUAUGGAUUCCUGUGUAUUCUACUGCCAUUGUCUUCCAUGUGACUCCUUUCCAUUUUUAUCGUCUAACAUUCUCAGGCUAAGCGGAGCAUCUCCCUUCCUAGGAGAGAACAAACAGGAAACUCUGUCUAACAUUACUGCUGUCAACUACGAGUUUGAUGAAGAGUUUUUCAGCCACACCAGUGAUCUGGCCAAAGAUUUUAUUUCAAAACUUCUGGUACAGGACACAAGGUGAGAGGUUAGAACAGACAACAGAAACAGCUAAACAAACAGUUAUAUGGAACACAAGUCCAGAACUAGAGACAAUGAAAUCACAGCAGAGCUACUACCCUUUUAAAAAUGCAGAUUCUCUACAAAAAUAAACAUACUUUGUGUCUUUGAAUAAGAUUACGACACUGGAAUAAAAGCAUGAUUAAUAACCCUUCAGGGAGUGUUUGUAUAUUUUCUAUAUUAAAGAAAUGUUUUGUCCAUCCUACUAAAAGUUAAUAAAUUGCCCGUAACUGGGAAGUGCAUCUUCAUUCACUUCAGUUCCUGGGUUUGUAAACCUGACUUGUUAUGAUUCACAAAAUACUAACAAGUAGACCCGUAUGUCCAAUACAUAAGCCACUUUGAUUACGUGGCCCUAAUCUACUACUACAUGCAAAAAAAAAAAAUUUGAAAAAAACUAUUAUUGAAACCUGGAGAAUGUUCAACCAUGGUUAUUAGCAUAAUUACACAAUUUAUGUAAAAUUUCUUUUUUUGUGAAUCAAAUUUUGUAACAUUUUCCGUAUAAGACAUAAACAGGUAGAGGCAUGUAGGUGGCAUCAUAAAAACAAAACAAAAACUACAUUCUCCCAUAUGGGGGAUACGAUACUACUAGUGCAGUUGGCAAAACGUCAAUACAAUCUUGUGAUUGCCCUGGGGAGACACCUCAAGAUACAACGGAGAAUAUUGUACUCAAUAAGGGGUGAGGGCAGACAAUCCUCACCACUUGUGCCUAAGUUUAGUUUAGUAGUAAGGCUUGGAACUCUAGAGUAUCAGUUGCCAGGAACUCUAGAGUAUCAGUUGCCAGGAGCCAGUGCGUUCAGAUGGCCAAAUAUGUUUACGUACAUCUCGCGGUGCUGAAAAACAGCUCCUCAAUGGCGUGUAGCUCCUCUGUCUGGAGAAAGCAUAAGGAUAGGGGUGGUGGGGUAGACUGCCUCCUGAAUAGUGGGGUCAUCUCUUUAGCUUUGUUGAGGUUUUGGGUUGUGAGUGAGUUUUUAUAUGCUUAGGAACGGAUGGGCAUAUUGUGCAACAACAUCAGGGUCAGCAGAAAUGGAGGUGAACUGUUUGAUAAUGAUGUAGCACUCCCACCGUAUGUGAAUGAGGGAAAACGUGGCUGCACUGCAGCAUCAGCCUCAAUCAUCUAGUGAGAGAUUUAUGAAGUGUAAGACUUAGGGGUUCCUGUACCACAAUAUGAGCAACUUAUAGGCCGACUCCUGUACCUUGCUAGAAAUUGCACAGUGUACGAGAUCACAGAUAUUCUGCCAAAAGGUAACCCCAAAGCCUCUUCCCAUUUGCUAACAACCGUGAGGCCAUAGUCGCUAACUGUUCAUGGAGAGUGUAUGAUGCUAUCUACAUGCCUCUCCCUGUUUUGUCUUAUAUUGAAAAUGUAAACAACAAUUUAAUGUAGGCUAAUUUAAUGUAGGCUAACAGUUGUCCAAAUCUUAAUUGAACUAGGAGCAUAGAAUGAGGGCGUCCUUGUCAGUGCCGGGAGGGCCUGAAAGUGACCUGCUACACAGAGAUGUCCAGCUUGCGGGACCUUGCCAAAAAACCUAUUUUUAAUUUUUUUUUAGCAUCGUACACUUAAAGUAGCAUCUAAUGGACAGGAUGUGGUUGCAUUUAUCUAGUUUAUUAUGAUAUUUUUAUAUUUAUUUCUUAACUUAAUUCGUUGUAAACGUUUUUAAUAUGUGCAUGUCAAAUUUAUAAGUUUUUUUUUUUUUUACCUAAAUUCAUUUAAAUGUAAAUUCCAGCAUUGUUUGGAAUCUCUGUAAUCGUUUCCUGCUCUUCAUUUCAGGAAGCGUCUCUCUAUCCAGGAUGCUUUGUCCCAUGUUUGGAUCAUGGUGAGUACUAAAACCAGCUUGUAAGAUGCAUGCGAGUGCUAUAACGAUGAGUGUGAAGUGUAGUAACAUUCUAGUAAUAAUCUCUGGUCACUUGUUCUACGUUCUAACUGAACUCACAGUCAUGCAAUUCAUAUUCAAUAAUUCAGAUAUUCAUCCUGGCUGUUAUAUGUACGUUGCUGCCCAAACAAAAACUAGCUGGACCCAUAAACCAUCAUAAACCGGUGAAUCAACUGCCAAGACAUGUAUAGCUGUACUUUUAUCCUUACUGCAUGUACAUCUGGCAACCAUUGAAAUCUAUAGGGUGUCCAAUAAGUUUUUUUUUUUUUUUUAAAUAUCAGUAGAAGAUUCAUGUGCAAGUGUAUCAGUCACUGAGAACUUCCAAAUCCUUGUGCAUGUGGUUGUCAUCAAGUGUUUUCGAUUGAACGGCAUGCUUCCACAUCUGCUGUACAUAUGCACAAGUAGUUCCUGUUCAAUAGAAUGAGGUCAUACCUGUGCGCAUACUGCCUAGUGCACACAUUCUCAGGGUUAUCCACUGAAGGGAGAAUUGUCGGGAAUUCGAUGUGAAUUUCAGUUUCAAGGCCAAAAUAGCCAAAUUCUCCAUGUCAGCUAUUAUACCAAUUCUGCUACUUAAUUUUGAAUUCCCGAAACUGUCACGUUAGUGAAAAACCCUGUUAGUUCUUGGAAAACCUUGGAUUAGGUGAGCUGUAUCAACAGUUUCUGGUUCAAGCGCACUUUAAAUGGGAAACUGACUGGGGGAGGACGAGAGACCAGGGAUUUGGUGCUAAUGAGAUGAAUGAAGAUGUGAGUAUCAUUAUUAUUUUUUUAUGCUACACACAUGCAUUAAAGCAAAGUAAAUAUCCACCCCUAUAGCUUCCCUUUUAGUGUUGCAUGGGAAAUGUACUCAAAAAUGGUUAAAUAUAUAAAACUCAGAAGAUGUUAGAGUCAGACAUACUUGCCGGAAUGUGUAUACCUUUAAGGAACACUUUAAAUAAAUACAAUUCAUAUAUAUAUAUAUAUACUUUUUUUUUUUUUUAAAUACUUUUAAAUUAAAUAAAUACAUGAUAUAUACACACACACACACACACAUAUAUAUAUAUAUAUAUAUAUAUAUUUAUAUAUAUAUUAUUAUUAUUAUUAAUGUUCAUUAUUGUUUUUAGAAAAAUAAGCCCUCCUUGUUUUUUUUUUUUUUAAUUAUUAAAUGUAAAACUUACAAUUAUUUUAGCACCAGCACCACACUUUUGUCCAGUCAGAUGCUUGGCAUGGCAAUCACCAUCAUCUGUCAAUCCAGUCCUUCUCUACUAAACGCAUUGAAUCAAUCCUUUACAUGCUCACAUCAGAUGUCAAAUGGAUUCUUUUAUUGAAUCUAUUUUAGACUGAAGCUCCUAGUGGCUGUCUGGAAACUAUAAUACACUAUAAUUUGUGUCCCGAAUAGUUUCAUUAAGAUGAAGUGAUAUUGAUGCUUAGACGGUUCCUGUCAUAUCUGAUUAACACAAAUACUAAGUAAUAACACUGCACAUGUUUCUGCAUUGUGUGCAAUUGUGUGCAUUUCCUACCACAUCUCUUAAGUAACAUAAAAAGUGUGGUUUUGUAACUGUAUGGUACAGCACGUGUAGUUCUGUUUUGGAAUCUACUUGGCAUGCAUUUGUGCACGGAGUGUCCAGAAAUUGUUAUCAUAUCUGACCAUUAACAUCCUACUCUCCUGUCUGAAGACCCUUCAGUCCAAAGAGGAAAACAAAAUCCAUGAUACCAAAAGAACGGACAUGCGGAAGCUUAAAGCCAAGAGAUUGAAGGAAUAUACAAUGAAAUCUCACUCAAGCAUGCCACCCAACAACACUUACGUCAAUUUUGAGCGUUUUGCUAGGGUUGUGGAAGACAUCUCCACUGCUGAAAACAGAUACAGCUCUCUGGCAAGAAAUAAUGACUCACUUCAUGAAGAUGUUGAGGCCCUCAUCUCCAUAUACAACGAAAAGGAAACCUGGUACAAGGAGGAGAAUGAAAAUGUUAGACAUGAGCUUUCCCAGCUCCGCUACGAGUGCCGUAAAGUGGAGUCCAUGAAGAGGAAUUUUCAACAAGACGUGCACUUGGUGGGAUCCAACCUUGGAAACAUCUGUGGGAGAUACUCUGACCUGCAGUCUCGCUAUGAUAAACUCAGCAAGGAACUGUCUGAAGAUCUGAAAUGGAUCCAAAAUGUAGUAGAUGGAUUCCAUGAGGGUGAUACAGGAUUCUGUGGGGGGAACUUUGCUUCUGUGUUAAACAGAGACCUGAGUGAAUCAUUUAUGGAUCUUCUGAAUCGGUCAUGCAGUGAAGACCUUCUGGAAGGGCUCAAUCUUCGAAUUACAGACUCCAAGAUCUAAUAGGUCCUCUGUAGAAAAGCAUCAUUAAAAUAAAGCCUGCUGAAUUUUUAAGCAGUAACUGUUAUGGCUUAAACUAAUAAAGGAUUUCCUAUUUUUGAAUUCUGUAGAACAGAGAAUAUGUAUAUAGGAUUAAAUGGUAACAGAUCUAUUUUAAAAAUGAUGUUCCUAAUAUUUUUACAACAUGCAUAUUUGUUAUUAUUUGAAUUCUGGCAAAGUUACCAUAUGGUGCUAGUUAAGCCAGGUCUUACAGAGGCAUUCAUCCUAACUUGGAGAGUGGAGGGAACAUUUUUAACCAAGUUGCAACAUUUUUUAAGUCCCUGAUCUUUGUGUAUAUAUAUAUAUAUAUAUAUAUAUUAUUAUUAUUAUUUUAUUUAUUUUUUUCUCUGAGUAUGGUAAAUAUCUUAUCGGUUAUAUCUUCCCAUUCUCCAUAUCGUUCCUUAAUAUCAUCAGAUUGGCCAUUUGUUGUGGGAGGAAGAUUUCUCCCCCAUCAUUGUUAUAGGAUACCAGUAUAUAAGCAUAUAUGAGUUUUGUUUCUGAGAGAUAUGGGAGUGUGAGAAUACAUUUGGCCAAUAGCAUGCCCCUACUGACUUCAGAAACAGCUCAUCUAACCCCAGUUUAACCCAUUAAGGACACAUGACAUGUGUGACAUGUCAUGAUUCCCUUUUAUUCCAGAAGUUUGGUCCUUAAGGGGUUAAAGGAAUCAAUAAACUUUGAUCGAAUAGCUUCACUAUGUAGUGAAUUACUUAUCUCCAUUGUACUUUUUUGCAUAAACUCUUUGCUGUUGGUAAAAUCUCUUUUCCUCUUGUCUAAAUGGGUAAACGUCUUUGUACAAUCCUGUUAAUGAAGAGGUCACCCAAUAGAUAUGUUUAUGUAUAUACAUAUGCACAUUAUAUAGUUUUGCAAUGUUUUCAUCUUCCCUUUUAAAUUAUUUUUUUUCCCUGUUUAAUCAUUUUUGAUUCUUUCUUCAUAACUAAGACCUUGCAAUUCUUUUUUAUUUGUAGUCUGUUUAUUUCAUUCCGGUCCAUAAUGUUUUUUUAUGAGAACUGAGACACUUUUGAGCUAUUGCAUUCAAUGUGCUGUUUUACCGGUAAUUUUUGAAGAGGUAAACUUAAAGGACCACUAUAGGCACCCAGACCACUUCAGCUUAAUGAAGUGGUGUGGGUGCCAGGUCCCUCUAGGAUUAACCCUUUCUGCUGUAAACAUAGCAGUUUCAGAGAAACUGCUAUGUUUACCUUAGGGUUAAUCUAGCCUCUAGUGGCUGUCUCAUUGACAGCCGCUAGAGGCGCUUCACAGUUUUCACAGUGAGAAGAUGCCAGUGUCCAUAGAAAAGCAUUGAGAAUGCUUUCCUAUGAGACUGGCUGAAUGCGCGCGCGGCUCUUGCUGUGCAUACGCAUUCAGCCGAUGACGGGGAAAGGAGGCGGAGAGUCCCCAACGCCGAGGGAGCCCGGCGGUGGAGAAAAGGUAUGUGUUUAACCCCUUCCUCACCCUAGAGCCUGGCGGGAGGGGGAGAGGGUGGGGGCACCCUCAGGGCACUAUAGUGCCAGGAAAACGAGUAUGUUUUCCUGGCACUAUAGUGGUCCUUUAAUAUUGAAUUCACUAAAUUCAAUAAACCCUGAAUUGUUAAAAACCCUUAGUGGUGUGAGGGUUAAAAGUAAGAAAUAAAAAUGGAAAAAAGCCUUUUACUAGCAGUCAGCAGGCAAAUAGUUUGAAUUAUCAAAAUCCCAUCCUAGACAUAUUUCAUUUGUCCAGUAGCUUUUGAUCCUGUGGAAAUUUGGACCAAAUCCAUGCUCUUUCAGUAUACAUGCUAUGAGCAAUGUCAGGGGUUUGCAGUUCAAGUUCCCAGGUAUGGCAGCAAAUGGUUUUGUCUUAUUUGGUAACGGGCCAUUCGGACUUUAUUGAAUAACCAUGUAUGUGUCACUUUUGUGAUCUUCAUGACAAUAUCUUACUAACCUUGCAGCCACUGACUGACAUUAUACAUUGUUGCUAAGUCUACUGUCCGAAAUAAUUCCUUAUCCACUUUUCUAACUUAAAGGGACACUAUAGUCACUAAAACAACUUCAGCUUGUGACCAUGACCUGCCUAACCACAAUAUACAAUAUUGUAACCCUCUCCCUGUGUAUUGUCACAUAUAGUUAAGUGAAGAAACAUCUUAAAAGCAUUUUUCUGCAUCUCCAUUUGACUUCAUACUAUACAUUGCCUAAUAUAUGCCUUUCUUCCUUUACAUUUUUCAAUUAAUAAUGACAUUGACACAUGCUUGUCCAUCCCCUUUCCUGCCUCCGCCUGCCCAAUUUGCUGUGCUUUGCAUUUUUGUAGAUAGAUAUUGUCUGUGUUCAUUAAAUAUUCUGCUCCAUGCAGGAAGCCAAAUACAGACUGGAGGAAUGUCAUCACUGGGCAUUCCAGGUCUAAAUUUAGAGUUUCCGGGCUAAAGUGUCCUUCCAAGUCUUCUGAUAUGAGGAAGGUUAAAACACUACAUUUAAAGGGGCGCCGUAUCAAAUAUAUAUAUCUUUUCUAAAUGAAAGAGCUGCAUUGGAAACAUGGAAACAUAUUCUUUUUAACCUUGUUUUAAUUUUUGGCACUCUGUAGAAAAUAUUUUUGCACUACUGUAUUACUCCUGUAUUACUCUCUUUCUUUCUGUAUGUAUAUGGUUUUAUAUAUAUAUAUAUAAAAAUUCACAAAUGGGUUUGGCACACUACCUAUGCAAAGUAUAAAAAUAGAAAAAGUACCAGGGUGCCAACCAGCGAUAUAAAUAUAGAGUAAUGAUAAGGUGCACUCCUGGAUUUGAAAAAUAUUAGAUUUAUUGUGCAAACAAAAUAGUGGUUCAGUGGAUCGACGUUUCGACCAAUACACAGUCUUUUUCAAGAUCAGAGACGUCAAAACGUCGAUCCACUGAACCUCUAUUUUUUUGCACAAUAAAUCUAAUAUUUUUCAAAUCCGGGAGUGCACCUUAUCAUUACUAUAUAUAUAUAUAUAUAUAUAUAUAUAUAUAUAUAUACAUAUACACACACACUUGAUUUGCACAGUUAGCCAUGGCCAUAAAUGAAGCGUCUGGAAAAAAUUGUGAUCCUCUUGUCCAACUAUCUUGGAGAAGAUGACAUAAUGUGCACGUCAAGAGACUUGGGGAGAACCUUUCGCCUUGACGUGUGUAUAUGGCAAGGAACAUGUGCACAUCCUCUGGACCUUUAACAUGUGAACUCAAUACUUAAUACCAUCUGGCCUAUUGUACAUUAUGCAUCCAACAAUGGCACCAGGGAAUGGAUUAAAGAUGAAAGAGCUUUAGGCAGCUCCCACCAAAUUAUUGACCCCCUUAUCCCACUAUACUGAUUAUUAGUUGGCCCCUGGGAUCCCAUCACUUUUGUAAAGAGAAGGACGACUUUUUCUGAUGUUCUCUUGUUAACACCCACUGGCUUACAGGGUUUUUUUUCAGAAGUCUUGUAAUACAGGUAAAUUGGUUAGGUAAUUUGAAACCAAAAAGUCAGUAAUUUUGGGAGGUAAAAUGGUUGCAGGGGGGUCCAAGACAAACAAAUUCCAGAUCGUAAGAUAAAUAGCAAGGUCAGACAGUCCAAAGGUUCAAAUAUCUAGACAGAAGAGGUUCAAGAGCGAGGUGGCAAGCCAAGGGUCAUAUACCAGGAAAUCAGGAAUUGGUAGACAGCCGAGUGACCACAGCAAUAGUACAGAACUGAGUAAUGAAGGCUCAGCUAUCCCGGGUUUAUAUAGGGGCCUUAAUGUAGCCAAGCCCUCUCUGUCUGUUUAAAAUAGCAUGAGAACUUGUGUAUUGUAUGGUGGACAUAGUCUGGGCAGUCCUCCCGAUGGUUCCAAGUGUGCACCUCUCCUUGGUGCUUUUCGUUGGAUAAUGAAGCAAAUAUUGAGAUGUCAUUCUCUCUUGCAUUUAGUUGUACAUUAUGAAGAAAAACCCAUAUCCUAUUCUUAAUACGUACAGUUAUUAAUGUCAGAUUUUGUCAACAAUCGGCCGGAUGAAUUCGGUGUUUUAAAAUCUGAAAUAUUUACAAAGCACCAAUAUUACACAAAUCAGAACCAUAUGCAUUCAGCAGGAUGCACAUUUGCAAAGUAGUGGGAAAUUUCCUGGUGGGCCGCGGCACCUGGGGGCUGCACAACUCUAAUUCCCUAUAGAGAGGAUGCCCUGUUCCCAUUUUCAAUAAUAUCGCGGCCGCUGACCGCAGGUAGGUCCUGCUGGGUGGCCGGUCCGGUGGCACACUCUGAGGGGGCCGGCCGCGUCCUAUAGUUACCUUGCGGCCAGUGGUCGCAUCUCAUAUAGUGUAUGGUGGUGCCGCCGGGUUGGGUGGCCAAAUAGCCGGUCCAGUGACACACUCACUGAUACUGACAGCAGUACAGCUGUCAGCACAGGAGGACUGAGGGAGAGGGCAGAGCAGACUAUCAUGCUCCCUUGCAGUUCCCAUAAUUCCCAGCACAGCCACAUCAUAGAGUAGUGAUUACUCUAUGAUGUGUCAAUGCUGGGAAUUAUGGGAACCGCGAGGGAGCAUGAUAGUCUGCUCUGCCCUCUCCCUCAGUCCUCCUGUGCUGUCUGACAGACUGUCAGACAAGGUCAGCAUUAGGGGUUGGUGAAGGGUAGACAUUGACACAGAGGGAGGGGGAGAAAGAGACACAGGGGGAAGAGAGACACAAGGGGAGGGGGGACAAAGAGACAGAGGUGUAAUAGAGAGACAGGGGGAGGGGGCAAAGAGACAGAGGGGUAGAGAGACACACAGGGGAGGGGGGAGAAAGAGACGCAGGGGGAGAGAGAGACACAGGGAAGAGAGAGACAGAGUGUGGAGAGAGAGAUAGGGAAAAGAGGGGGGAGAGAGACAGGGAAGAGAGGGGAGAAAGAGACACAGAGGAGCAGUGAGGAGGGAAAAGAGACACAGAGAGGGACUGAGGGAGACAGAGACACACAGAAUGUUUGUUGGGGGACAAAGAGACAUACAGAAGGGAAGGGGAACAAAGAGACACAGAGUGGCUGGGAGAAGAGAAAGAGGCACACAGAGAGUCUGGAAUUAGAAAGAGACACACAGAGGGAAUUUGAAGGGGAGAAAUAGACAAAGGGGUUGGGGCUAAGACAUACACAAAAGGGGCUGGGGGGAAAAAGAAAUACAGAGGCUGUAAAAGGGUAAAAAGAGACACACACUUGUGAUCAAGCCCCCCCCCCAAUGGUCCUUGUUGCCCCAGGUAAACUAAUCUGUGACCCACCCCCUUUAAUUAAAAACCACUGUACUCAAUCCAACUUCUCUGUGAGUUUCACCCCAUGAGUUUCUUUCCCUUUACAGUAUAGUUACAUCUGUUUUAAUUUGUGGGUUUUUUUUGGAUGGGAUAUAUCCUAUGGGCACGCAACAGGCUAUUAUUUUUAUUCACUGAUCACUGUACGCCUAUUAAAAACAAAACAAAAACAAACAUAUACAUGAUAUAUCAUUAUAGUAAAACAGUCACACAAACAAAAUAGAGCGAUUGGCAGCAGUUUUUUUUUCUUUUUUAAGAAGAAGAAAUCAGCAUAAAUGAAUGCCAUGGAAAGGGUCAGUACAGGCAAAACACACCAUACAACAUAGACUAACUAGGUCAAGGUGCUAGACGUCAAGGUCAAAAGACAACAAGCCAUUUAUAAGAAUCUCCAGCAUGUUAUGGACAGAAUGACACUGGCUUAUAUAGGGCUCUUUUAGCUACGCCAGAUUUUUGCACAAACCCUGUUAUGCAGAUUGAGUACAUGCAGAUUGAGUACUUCCACCAAGUCAGCUUCUUCUAAGAUGUGACGUUGCUCAGCACUCAGCUUGAGUAUCUCCAUCAAGGGUCCCUCUCUUUGAGUGCUGGAUACCUGGAGUAAUUGUAGCUGUCUCACCCAAACACGAGUAAAGACUUAAUGUAGGGUGAACAAAAACUGACUUAAUGAUAACAAGUCACACUUUUAAACACACGACCCAACUGGGGCUCCUUAACGUGAACAAUGUAAAUCCCAUCCUGGGGUCUCUCAGAAUUAAGUGAGAAAUUGGGCUCCUGUCUCUGCAUAGCGGCAGAACUGCAGAUUUGUCACGUGCAUCUGAGAAGUGUAUAAAUCCUGAAAAGAAACCCUUCACUUUUCCAGAACUGCGAUAUAAAUUGACAAACCCUCACCAGUUUACCCUUUCAGUGUAAUGACUUAGACGGCCAAUCUUCCUUCAAGUCUACAACACUUGCUGUCAAAAAUAAACAAACUAUAGUGAUGCGUUUGCAAAGAGGAUCUCAUCCUACAACCUAUGCAUCUGGUACAGAGCUAAUUAAAGCAAGCCGGGGCCUCCAGGAGCCACUGUGAGCCAGGUAGGAACAAAAUGGCUUCCAAAACUUGCACCAACCUAAGAGGGGCUGCAUACGUUUUAAUGUGUGUUCAUAAUGUAUGAUCAUGAAUGUCCGAAUAUACUUUGUAGAAAUACAGACCCCAAAUAAUUUUUAUAUUAUUAUUUUAUAUUUGUGAACUGCAAUUUAUUUAUUAAUUAUUUGCUAUGUUUAAUUGUAUCUUAAGAGGUAGAUAAACAGAACAAUUCCCACUUGAAUUGUUUUUGUAUUUAUAAUGCUUAUGUGUCUGUGUCUUACAGCCAAAAGAUAAGAGCCAAGUCCUAGUGAGGAAAAGAUCUGUAAUAAAUUUGGAGAACUUCAGGAAGCAGUAUGUUCGAAGGCGCUGGAAGGUAAGAAUUCUGUUAAGUUUAUUGUUUUUCACCAUUAAAUUCCCACUAUUUCAGAUCUUAUCCCGUAACUUGGAAUGAUUGGAGUGUAUACUUUAAGGCUGACUUUGAGAUUUAUUUCAAAGAACUACAAACUGAGUGACCUUCCAUGGAAAAAGUGUCCGGUUACUCUUCUGAAAGAUGGGGAGGGGGUGGGAGGGGUUGGAGGAGGUAACCCCCAGGAUAUAUUAUAUGACAAAGCAAAGAACACCUGGAUAAACCGUGCAGGAGGUAAACCCUUUUGUAGCAAUGAGUAACCCAAGUAGUAAAUAAAAUCGUAACUUUUAAUAUAAUGGUUAAAAUCUUCCUAUAUAAUUAAUAUCCAAUCAAAUAGGACUAAGACAAUCCUAAAAUGAUGUCAACAGAAAUUAUAAUAGUUAUAAUAAAACAAUAAUAAAUGCAACUAAACUAAUUUAGUGAUCCCAAAAUUCGAUUAGUGUAACCCAAAAUAUAUAUAUAUAUCUAUAUAUAAAGGGGAAGGAGAACAAAUAUAUGCAAGUUGGGAUGAUAUGAUCGCACCAAAGUUACCUUAGACUUACCUAGUCCCUGGAAGGGAGGAGGAUUUUAGAUUUUGUUAAGGGGUGCCCUCGAAAGCACAACAGAGUAGGAUAUUUCAUUACCUGCAGCUCAUCGCUUUGUUCCUUGUAUAUCUACUGUACGAUAUAAUUCUCCCCCUGGACAAACAAGAUACAAUUGUAACAUCGAUAUCUAGUUACAUUUUGGUAACAUACAAUUUUGUUUUGGUGCGGAUCACAUCAUCCCAACUUGCAUAUAUUUGUUCUCCUUCUCCUUUUCUUUUGUCUGAGUGAUUUAUAUAUAUAUAUUUUUUUUUUUUCACAUAAAUUUUGGGUUACACUAAUCGAAUUUUGGGAUCACUAAAUUAGUUUAGUUGCAUUUAUUCUUUUUUUUUAAUUAUAACUAUUAUAAUUUCUUUUGACAUAAUUUUAGGAUUUUCUUAGUCCUAUUUGAUUGGAUAUUAAUUAUAUAGGAAGAUUUUAACCAUUAUAUUAAAAGUUACGAUUUUAUUUACUACUUGGGUUACUCAUUGUUACAAAAGGGUUUACCUCUUGAAUGGUUUACCCAGGUGUUCUUUGCUUUGCCAUUUAUUUCAAAGAAUACACAGAUUAAACACAUUUAUAAGUAUCCCAUUAGUUGGAGAAUUUACAAAAUCAGCUGUUUUGGCACAAUUUUUUUAAUUCGGUUUUAAUUCACUACAAUCCACUGUUUAUUUAAUUAAAAUCCUGUAUACAUGUACACAUUUUACAAGAUAAUGUCAGAUCAAGAGUUAGCUUACUUACCUUUGUGACACUGUGGCGAAGACAUGAGGAUAUCAUGCAGGUGAUUUUAGCAAAGUGCUGCUGAAUGGUUCAACAGAAUGAAAAAUCAGGGAUCUCCUUGUGCUAAAAGAUAAAAUUAAUAUAUAUUAAAAUAUUCUAUAUCUGGAGCAUAUAAACAUAAAAUGUGAUGGCAGAUAAAAAAAAACAUUUGGCCUGUCUAGUCUGCCCAAUUUUCUAAAUAAUUUCAUUAGACCCUGGUCUUAUCUUAUAUCUAGGAUAGCCUUAUGCCUAUCCCUCACUGUGUUAACCUCUACUUCAGCUGGAAGGCUAUUCCAUGCAUCCACUACCCUCUCGGUAAAGUAAUACUUCCUGAUAUUAUUUUUAAACCUUUGUCCCUCUAAUUUAAGACUAUGUCCUCUUGUUGUGGUAGUUUUUCUUCUUUUAAAUAUAGUCUCCUCCUUUACUGUGUUGAUUCCCUUUAUAUAUUUAAAUGUUUCUAUCAUAUCCCCCCUGUCUCGUCUUUCCUCCAAGCUAUAAAUGUUAAGAUCCUUUAACCUUUCCUGGUAAGUUUUAUCCCGCAAUCCAUGAACCAGUUUAGUAGCCCUUCUCUGAACCCUCUCUAAGGUAUCAAUAUCCUUCUGAAGAUACGGUCUCCAGUACUGUGUACAAUACUCCAAGUGAGGUCUCACCAGUGUUCUGUACAAUGGCAUGAGCACUUCCCUCUUUCUACUGCUAAUACCUCUCCCUAUACAACCAAGCAUUCUGCUAGCAUUUCCUGCUACCCUAUUACAUUGUCUGCCUACCUUUAAGUCACCUGAAAUAAUUACCCCUAAAUCCCUUUCCUGUUGAGGUUAGGACUCUAUCAAAUAUUUUAUACUCUGACCUUGAGCAUACGCAGUUAUGGUUCUUGGAGUUUCCCUUUAAGAGUCAGAACACUGUGUCUCUCAGUCAGUCUACAAAAAGAAUGAGCAAGAUAAAAUUAAUGAGAAUCUUUCACUGUAAAAGGUUAUUGAUAAAAAAAGUCUGACAAUUUAAAAAGAGGAUAAAGCUGUAGAUACGAAGAACGUGAAAGAUAACAGGCAACCAGUUUUCCUCUCCUGAAAGUACACAAGAGGUUUGUUGGCAGUAGUGGCGAAAACCUACAGUCACAAAGGUCACAAGUGCAACUGGGCUGCCUGUCACCAGGGGCCCAUGCAGAGCUAGACUGGUCCACCGGGAAACCGGGAGAUUUUCUGGUGUCCCGUUCUUGCCUUGGGUCGGUCAGUGCGUGGCACAAAAAAAGUGCCCUUUGCUCCCUCGCAAUGUGCGCAGAGUGUGAAAGGCUGCUGGGAUUUCUGACAUCAUAUACCGUUGCCCAGAUGUCGGGCAAAGAGAAGGUGAGCACCGGAGAAAGAGCCCAACUGUAAUAUUUAAUGUGAGUUGUGUGUGUAUGUCUCACUAUGUGCGUGUGGGUGUGUAUGUCAGUGAGUGUGGCUAUCUACUGUUGCAUUAAAGGAACACUAUAGGGCUAUAACACUAUAGGGAAUAAUUAUGUGUUAUUCUGACUCUAUAGUUUUAAAGCACUAUUUAGGUAACUGCCCCCCCUUUAAAACUGGUGUAAAACUUACCUUUAUUCCAGCGUUGCAAGUGUCCACUGGAGCUUGCUCCCCCCCUGCCCCGCCUCCUUGGCUGAGAUCAUCAGAAUUGGCGAUCUCAGACAAUCCAAUGCUUUCCAAAGGAAAGCAUUGGAUUGGCUGAGAUCAUCAAUUCUGAUUAUCUCAACCAAGAAGGUUGGGUAGAGGGUGGAGCCAAAUACUGUGCUGGCCAAUCAGCAUCUCCUCAUAGAGAUGCAUUGAAUCAAUUCUCUGAAGAGUUAGUGUUUACAUAAAAAUGCUUGCAGGGACAUACUAUACACACCAGAACAACUACAUUAAACUGUAGUUGUUCUGGUGACUAUAGCGUCUCUUAAACUAUAUAUACACACAAGAUUGGUCAUGUUUAGCCUUGUGUGUUAGUGUAAGGGACACUACAGACGCUAUUCUCCUUCACCUCUCUACCAGGAACGAAAAAGACAGCUCUGCCAAUGUUCCGAGCCAGUAUUUUAGAAAAAUAUUUUAGGUCUGCAGUUAGGAGUGAUAUGAAUCUGUAGCUGGAGCAAACCAAAACUAAUAAAGAAAUGCAUAUGGCUCUAAAAAUAAUGUAUUUGUUUUAAAAGUUAUAGCAUUCCUAUAUUUGAGCCAAACAUCUCGAACAUCUCGGCAUAUCAACUGCAAGCCACUUCCUUGUCAGUUGUGUGCCCUGGGAAGCAGCCAGAAUUUACUGAUUGUGGCUUCUGGCAAAGACUUCCCAGCAUUCCAUCUCCCUGAUCCAGUUUCAGAGCAAUAUGUGAAGCAAACCAUACCAGACAUGGUCUAUCUGAUUGCACAAUCGUAAGUGCAAUUUAAAUGAUAAGAACAAUAGUAAAAUUCAAGUAUAAAGUUCACCUGUCAUAUGAUACCAAUUUUGCAAUAUGAAUUGCUGGCAAGAUAUUUGUUCUUUUAAGUAAUUUAUUUUCAUUAAAUGAACGUGCAUCUGUUAAUUCCCAGGAUGCCCCUGACUAGUUGUUGAUUGACAGCUUUUAUUCAGUAAUAUUACACCCUUGUAACAAGUUCCAUUAUUAUAGCAGAAAAUAUUAAGUGAUAUCUCUUUAAAAAUAUACUAUUGUGGCAUGUUAAAGGGACUCUCCAGACCCAUGCUAUGUAUGAAGUGUGUGUUCUCUUUUUUUUUCUUUUUUACAAAAAGUGAAGAUUUUUGGUACUUUUAUAAAUUAGCCUUCUUACACCCCCUGAAUUUUAAAAAGGCAUAAAGGGAUUCUCCACAAAUGGUAGGGCCUAACCCUAAAAAGUUAAUUAAAGGAAUAAUAGGAAAUCCCCCAAUAAAGAGGAUUUAAUUGGAGAAACCCUAAAUUAGCAUAUGAAAUGUACUAUAUUAAAAAGUGCUAAUGCCUUAUGUUGUAUAAUUCUUCUCUCACCACCAAUACUUCCAAUUAGUAUCCUUUUGAACGAAAUCUACUCUGCAUUGUGUAUUAACGUAAUACCUCGGAGCACUAAGGCUCCUACAAACCAAAUUAAUAGAAUUAACACCUAGAUAGGAGCUUCUCAAAAGCUCAGCUGCAGUAAUUGUAUAAUUGGUCAAAAAGAUUACUUGACCAUACAAUAGAGGGAACUAAUGCCUAGUAUCCUAGUAUCCGGGAGCUAAAAGAACCUUAAAUAGGUUUAUCUGUGUCUCGAAUAUGUAUAUCAAAGUGAUAGUGCAUAUACUAGAGCAGGUCCAUGCUCUAAUGCAUGUGAGUAAGAUACCUACCUUUUUGUAUAUGCACUACCACUUUGAUAUACAUUUUGCAGUACUGGAUAUUCUAAUUUUUGUCUUCACAUAUUCGAGACACAGAUAAAGUCUACCACCACUGUAGCUGAAAAUAUAUCCAGUGACGGGGAUUGUACUGUCUACGCCCUACACAGCAGAGCUCUUUGUAGCUCUAUAAAUUGUGAGUGAGUUUUUGCUGUGUUAAAGACUGCAAUAUUUUUGUCUCUCUUUUUACUUUUUCUUUGAGAUACCAUGCACUGUAUAACAGCCAAAGACUUCAUAGACUUUUAACAAACGUAUGUGCAUAUGAUUUAUAUUUGACUUCACUUUUGUACAUUACUGUGUUCUAAGGUGCGGUUAUCUAUUUUUUGUAUUUGUCUUCUGUCUCUAUUCCUACAAGGUUUUGGGGAAUCCUUGUAAGAUUUACCACUGCCUCAAAGUAUAUAGUGAGCACCUCAUUUUUGUGUUUUUCUGUGUUUAAUGAAGGCCAAUCCAGUGGGUCUCUAGUGUUUAGUGCUCAACAAAUGUGACCUGUCAACCACUGGUACAUCAAAGGACAAGGAAAGUGUUGAUAUGGUUUUAAGCUAUUGAAAAAUGGGCCACUUAUUUGUAACAUGCCUCAGUCUCACAAUUGCCAGCCCUUCUCUGAAUAUGUAUAUUCAGUAAACUCUUGUACAGAAGGGGAUUCUGGGAAAUGUAUGGCCAGGUGAUUUGUGUUUUCAUUUUAUUGUAGUUAGACCAGUUUGGUUCGUUGUGGUGGAUGGUUAGUUAGGGAUACGUUUUCAAAUUGUUCUAAUUUGUGAUGCCUAAUAAUGUUUUUAGGCAGUAGGUUGUGAUAGAAUAGUGAGAUCAAGGACUGUUUUCAUGCUUCUAUUAUUGUACUUUGAGCACUAUAGUUUUAAAUAACUAAAAUGAGUGGGCGGGUAGGCCACCACAAAUCAGACAUGUCAGCAGUAAAGACUGGAUUUUGUUUUGUGCGUGUUGCUGAAUUUGUCCCUUUCAUUUCCAAAUCGAGUAACAAACUUGAAUUCAUGGGGCAUUGCUGUGCUCGGAGGGUGUAGAAGAGUACAGAUUGGGUUAUUUUCACCUGCACUGGCAGAUAAUUUGUACUUUAAAUCCACAGUCAUGAUGUAAUAAUGUAGGUUUUAAAAUGCAGAGAAAAAGCUGUAACAGUACUUAAUGAUCCUCUAAUUACUUUAAUUACUUUAAAGGUGCGGCAGACCUGGGAUCUCCCUAGCUGUUUUCCAAUGUCUGCUCAUUUCGUAAUGCUCCUCCCAUGCAAUGAUCUCAUUACUUUUAUCUGUCCCGGGGAUAGGCAACCUUUAAACUCUCUAUAUCCGUGUCUUCCAUUAUACAUGUAUGCGUGUGUAAUGUUUCACAGAUGUGUACAUUCAAGUGAUAUCUCAAAGGAUAUCUCAAAGAGUCACCUACGCACGGAUAAAGAUAGACUUUUUUUUUCUUCAAAUUAGAGAAAUCUAAAUCGUGUUGCCGCAAAACCUGUCAUACAGAAAUGAUAUACAUAUAGAUAUUGAUAUAGACCUGGUAGUGAAGCUUUGGGUCAUGGUGACAUUAAAAAUAUGUUUGCUAAAUGUAAACUAGUUAAAAAUGUGAAUAUAGCUGAGCUAGAACAUUUUCUCAGCUUCCUUUUUUAUGAAUCCUUUAUUUAACAUCCUACAAGACAAACAUCAAGAUAUCAGAAAAUGUUUGGCAUGGCUUAGGGUUCUGGGAGUUGUAGUUUAGAGGUUUCUACAGAUGAAAGCUUACAAUGAAACCUCCCAGAAGAUGUACAAAUGAAUGGACUCCAAAUUUAGCUUCUCAGUGGUGAAAUGUAUUCAUCCAAGCAACAGGUGGACUUGGCAACGUUUCGGCAAUUCCCAGUAUGGCUUAUGAGAUAACCUCAGCAUUCCUAUGGAAAGAUAUGAGAUCACGAUUGGAAGAUCCACUUUCUGGUUUGCUGAGAGCUUAUUGCAGAAGCUGCACAGCCUGUGCAUUUGCAGCAAAUGCCAGCACUUCCAAUAUAUAUUUUUUACAUUAUUUUAUUUAUUGAUUUUUUGUAUAUUUUGAUGUAUUAUCUCUAUAAUGCAAAAAUAAAUUAAAAAUUGGUCGACCUUAGCCAGAAGUGCUCUUUAACCUGUUGACUUGCCAGUAUAAUUCAGGGUUGCAGAUUUCAUAUAUUGCCCAGCAGUAACAGAAGGAACAGGGCAUUGCAAGCAGAGCUGGAUUAAGGUUGCUCAGAGCCAUAGGCAGUGUGCGAGAUUGGGGUCCCCACCUAGAGCUAUGGGUGUGACGUGUCUGUAACAAUGUGCGUGCAUUUUAUUAGUUUUUACUUUCCUGAUCUCACUAUUUUCUAUAACUGUAUCUCUCCACUAAUUAUCACUUCACCAAAUUCCCCCACACCCAUCAACCUGUCUUCAUCAUUUACUGUAUAUCCUCUCUGUUUCUCCCCACUUAUCUCUGUGCUCCACAUCCCCUUUUUAUUCUUUGUGCUCCAUCUCCAUUUUCACUUGUUACCUGUGCCCCACUACCCUGCCUGAUGUGACUCCCUUUACUCGCCUUCACGCUGCAAGGCUCAUCAGUCUUGGUUGGAUCUCACUAUCUGGCUGGGAUGGGUGGCAGGUUGCGCCAGCUCGCCAUGAUGACUUGCUAGCUAUUGAGUAAGAACAAAGUGCUACCUUUAUGCGAGUUUAUAUUCAACUGUUUCCUACCCUUUGUUCCUAAUCUGGACUAGCUGUUGGCUUAGCUGGCUACUGGCCGGCCAAUCGGCCUAGUGGAUGUGGGCCUUUUGCUGCCAAGUCCAGUCAAAGCUAUGGCCAGUACGUUCAGACUGGAGGCACGCAUGAACAUGGCAAAAUGUAAAUUUGAUGCAUUUUUAUGCAUCAGCCGACACUUAUAGUUUGUUAAUUAAUGUGAGAAUUGUUGGUAAUUCAUAGUGAAUUUCAAAUUUAGGGCCAAAAUAGGGGAAUUUCGUAAAUUUUUCAAGUUGGUUUGGUUUAACAUUUAAAAUGUAAUCCCUGAUAAUUUUCAAUUUAGUAAAUAACCGUAUCAUGUUAGAAGCCGUAGCAUGUCAUCGGCCCACCCACGUAGUCAUAGAGAUAGGUUGUUAAAGAGCCCCACACUCUGACAUGCCUAGAAAGUGAUGUGUCCAGAAAAAAAAAAAGCUUUUGCAUUACACAUGCAUCGCAAACAUAUCAGGAUAAAAAAAAAAUACCACCUCUUUUACUACGCUAAACAAUAAAGCAAUCUGAGAUAUUGUGCAUUUGUCAGCUUUAAGCAGGAUGUAACAUGUAUAAAUCUUUGCAUGAGUACAAAACUGUGGCCAACAUUUUUACAUGUCCUGAGGUUAAACCCAUCUAUUCAGCACAUGCCAUGUUUAUAUAGUAUAACUUGUUCUUGAUACGUUGACUGAGGAAAGUUUAACCAUUUCCUAAAACAGGGCGCGAGAGGAUACUUAACCAUUUCCUGGAUUAUUUCAGAUUGCUGCCCUGUCCAAAGACAACAAAUAUUUUAUUCAAGUAAUAAAGUGACAGUAAAAUGAAUAAAGUGGGUAUUUCCCUCAUUAAAGGAAAAGAGGAAGCUGAAGAAUAAAAUUUUAAAAAAUUAUAUCUAUGUAUUUUUUAUUUAUUUAUUUUUUUCAAUUCUUUAUUUUUGGAUGUGCUUAGUUACAACAGGGAUAAUAUAAUCAGCAGAUGUAAGUGAUCACAAGAUUAGACAUCAAUCGCAUAAGCAACCUUCGGCACUCCAGAUGUUUUGGACUACACCUCCCAUGAUUCUUUACCAGCAUUAUGGGUGUAAGAGCAUUAUGGGGGAUGUGGUCCACAACAUCUCGAGUGCCAAAGGUUUCCUAUCCCUGGCAUAAGGUAGACAGUGCAUUUUUGUAAUUUAUCACGAAAAUAACAGUGUUAGGCAAGCUGUACUUUAGUGAAAAAGAGACUGAGAGUAAAUUCAACUGCAAGAGAGGAGUAAGUAUUAAGACAAGUAGCUUGGCAAAAAACAGGAAUAAAGAUUAUAGGAGCCAUCCCCAUAGACUAUAAGGCAUACAGUGGGUGAGCCCCCUUUCAGGCCCAGUUUAAGUUGAUGCCAAUUCUGUAGAGCCUCAGGUACUGUGUGUGUGAGUCCAUCACAGUCGAGACUAGGCCGAGGUCUAGGACGCUGUGCACUGGUGACUCCUCAGAGUAAGCUCUGUGCUGUGGCAAUGUGCUGUUGUCAUGUGGAGAAGAGAGGGGGGAGCAUAGUGCACACCAGGCUGCGGCUUGAUUGAUCUACUCUCCGGGAUCGUGUCCACAAAGGAGAUCUCAGGUGGAUCAUGUUCGCCCCUUUCGGCAAUUCUGGUCACGUGAUCCACGUCAGUGGCCAACCGUUUUACCCUGCCCUUUGACUUCCUGCUUUACUGGACACUGCUGUUAGCGGCUAUGAACUUACUUGAAAGAUGAAAGCAUAAAUUAGAGAGAGAUUAGCAUAGGGUAUGUGUUUUCUUAUAGCUGCAUCCUUUAAGUUUCCCUCCAACAGCAACUCCAUCAGAUACAUGAUGCUUGGAAGGUAGGACUAUUUUAGUGGUUUUGGUCAAUAAGAUUCUGUAAUUAGGCCCAUCAUAAUUGUCAGCUCCAGGCCCACUGGGCUCUUUUUUGGCCCUGUAUACAGCAACAAUAUGAAUUAAAGGUCACGCGAAGCACCAUAGUAACUCUCAUUAUUGCAUAGUUUAUGUUGCAAAAAGCUUAUACUGCAAUGGUUUGCAAACAUAUUUUGCAAUUGACUGAUUCAGGAUCAAUAAUAUAAAAAGAGUGUGGUUUCAGACAGAUGUAUUCCACAAAUCAAAAACAGCUGUAUUCAGACAAGCAAUGGGUUUGGUAAGAGCUGUUGAUUUCAGACAAGAUCAUGUUUGGCUCAGUAUAAAGCAAGAGUAUCUGUUGUCAAACAAGGGUUUGGUUUGGUUUGGUUCGGUUCACAGAACACCUGUACAAGGUGAGAGAGUGGAACAAAGUGAAUUGAGAUGAGGCAGAACAGGACUGAGCAGAACCAGGUGGCCAGACACUAGGAAAACAGGUAUAACAUAAAACAGAUACAGGGUGAUACUGGAAUUUAGCAGACACGUGCGACUGGUUUGAGGAAUUCAAAGCAGACUGGAUCCGUGACACUCAGGCCAAAUGUAGCAGACAGUGAUUUAAGCGGCUCUGUCACUCUGCAGGUUUCGUUUUUUUCUGUUUAAGGUCUGAACCUCGUUGGGGUUGUUAGAAAAACCUAAUGACUAACUUCCAGGAAAACUGCACAAAGUCUCAAAAGUUUGGAAUUUCCCAGUGAUUAUAGAGAAUUUAUAACCUAUACCUCCCAACAUUAGGAGGAAUGACGAUGGGACGGAUGGGUGUUGCACUUUGAAUUACUGGUGAGACCAAUAAUGAUUUGGUCUGUCCAAGAGGGGACCGCCAAUUAUGCUGUGAUGUCUUCCUGUUUUGUUACUGAUUUGUACGCUAGUAUGCUGGUUUCUUCCUACAGCUGAAUAUAUUACUGUAUAUAAAAUGUGACAAAAUCAUACGAGAGAGGAGACAUAUUAACGCAUCCCUGUACACUUUACUCUGUGCUCUGUUUACAGGCAGGGUUAGUGUAUUAUUCUGUUUGCUAUUUCUGAAAUGGUAAUACUUUUUUAUUCACAGCUUUCUUACAGUGUUGUGUCCCUGUGCAAUCACUUGAGUCGUUCCCUCAAGAAAAAAGGUUUGGAUUCAGAAGUCCUUAAGCCGGUAAUAAUUUACUUACGUGGGCAAUAAUAUCCUAUUUGUGAUUUUAUCAUUAUUCCCUUAAUGACAGCUAGCGUCCCAUGACUGGUUUAAAAUGAUUGAUUUGAAUGCUAUAAUAUGGUUUGGAUAACCUCAUGCAAGGAAGUUGUAUCCACUAAAUUGGGAAUCGACCAAGGAAUUGUAAAUUCUAGGCCAAAGUCAACCUAGCUGACCUGAAAAAAUAGUUGAAUUGAACAAUCAUUUCCAUUUUGCUUGUACUAAAUUGACACUCCACUACCCAAAUACAAAACAUAAAAAUAUCAUUAUUAGAUAUACCCCAAAUUAAAACAUGUAUUCAUUAUUUUCAUUGGGGCUAUAUCUAAAACAAAAAUAGCAAAAGCUGCAGAUAUCCUGUCUGCAGCCUUUACAAGCCCUCCCCUUCUAACCCCGCCCAGACUUUCUGUGGCUGUCCAAUCACAGACUUCCCAAUGCAGUUCAAUGAGAAGUCUUUGCAAGGCAGAUGUUGGCUCCACUGAACUAACCAAACCAGUAAGCAACAGGACUGGUUGUUCGAUUGACAGCUGUGGAGGGGGGAAAGGGGGACAAGGUUAAUUUGUAAAUGUUGCAAUUUCUACUGAACUCUACAUUCAUUUUUUUUGUAAAAUGGAAAAAAGUUACCAACGUACCACUAGUUAUAGCAAGGCUGUGUGAGGUUACAUUUUGCAAUUUGAUUUUCAAUUCAUUUCAACUUUAUGUUGUCAGUAUAGAUCUGGUCAGACCUUUUGCAAAAGUCACUGCUUGAAUAGAGCACAAUACAUUUUCUUUCUGAUAAUUAACUGCCUGUGCUGGCUCUGUACAUCCAACCUUUUAAUUAUGUGACUCAUUUCUUAUCCCUGUGCCAUUAGACAUCCAACAGAAAUAACAAAACAAAAAAAAUUCAAGAAAACGCUUUUUGUAAAAUUAUAGCACAAGUUAAAAAAACAUUUUAUUAUCAGCUAAUUAAUAUAUUUUGAACUCCCACAUAACGUCUGUUCUGUCCUUAUUAGUUGUGUGUAGUGUAAACCAAUCUUACUAGCUUCUCAAGACGCAUACAUAAGGCUCUGUCUCAGACUUUUCUGACUUAACUUAAAGCCAACUGAAUUACAAGUCAAACCGGUUUUAUUAUAUCUACCUUAGAGUUACAGUAACAGGAGAGAUCUACUUGUUUGUUAUCUCAAGGAAAAAGAUUAAGAUCACAUUUCCAAUCAUAUCUACCUGCUGUUCUAAGAAACACAGCAGUAGUGAUUAUUUCCCCUAAUGUACACUUUCGCAUAAUGUAUAUUUUAUAUUAUGUGACUUUUUUUUCUUAGGGUUAGAGAAACAUGCCAAUGCCGAAAUAAAUAUUAAUUCAUUUUUCUUUUACUGUUUUAGUAGAUAUACCCCUAAUUAAAACAUGCAUGCUCUGAAUUGUGCAGAGUUUUUUUUGUUUGUUUUUUUAAAUUGGGGGUAUAUGUAAAAUCAGCUUGCAAAAGGUUCAGAUUUCUUAAUGGAAGUUUUUAUAAGCCCUCCCCUUCUAGCCCCACCCAGACUUUAUGUGGCUGUCCAAUCACAGACUUUCCAAUGCAGCUCAAUGAUAAGUCUGUGCAAGGCAGGUGCUGUGGGCCAUUGCUACCUCUAGAGUUUAGCUCCACUGAGCAAACUACACCAGGAAGUAUCAGGACGGGUUGUCUGCAUGAAAGCCAUGUUCAGCGUAACCACAUUUAUUUAUAAAGUGUCAAUUUCUAUUGAAAUCUGCUUUUUUGUAAAAUGAAAAAAAAGAGGACAGACUUUUCGCACAUAGAAUAUUUCGGCAAGCUAAAGUACUUUAGGGGUUAUCUAACUCAGACCUAAUGUGAUAGAGUUGAGGUAAACAGGCUGCUUUGCUAAAUUCCGUUGACGGUCAGUUUACUGCAAUUUGUAUUUAUUUAUUUUUCCUCUUUCCAUCCAUUGGAAAUGUCUUGCAUUUUCCAUAACAUUUUAAUUAUUAUGUUUGCACCUUAAGUAUAGAGCUUAGCAAAAUCCAUUAAUUUUUGUAUAAAGCAGAAAAGAGUUAGGAAUACAUUUUUUAAAAAAAGAUUACUAUCCAUGUGUAAACCACCUGAAUUGUGUUACGUGUGUUGGCAUAGUGAUGGUACUGAGCAUGGCACUGCCAUAUGAUGUAAAUGAGCAUUUCAUCAACUGAGAAAAGGGAUUUCAAAUAUGUUUUUUUUGUUUUUUAAUUGAUGUAAGUCAAGCAUGUCAAACUCAAUGGUUAACACGAGCCAAAUAAACAAGGUUUAAGUUUAUGUGGGCCACAAAAAACAAACUUCAGUUUCCUUAGAAACGUAGGUUUAUUUAGAAAAGUACAGUGUAAAAAAAGUUGCUUUACUGACACUGGAAGUUCUCAUGCUCGUAGGGCUUCAAAGUAAACAAGAGUCAAUUUAUUUUAAGGAGACGCGCAUUUGCAUAUAACCAAUGUUUCAGUCCAACUACUUUGACAUAUUAAGAAAAGUUUGGUAAUGGAAUUGAAAUGGUGAAUAUUUGCUGUUGCACAGAUGUAAAAAACAAAUGACGUUAUCUUGUUGAUUUUGAAGUUCUACGAGUGUGUUCUUCACUUUGGCUGAGAUCACCAAGUUCCAUCGGAAAGCACUGGGAGGCAAUAUUGCAUGUGUGGCAAAAAGCUGCGUGGCCAAUCAGCAUCUCUAUGAGGAGUGUUCAUCGUCUCCAUGCAGACCCAAUUUAAUAAACUGCCCCUCCCCCCAUUCUAAUACACUACACACAAAUACAAAACAUUACCCCCAAAUCAAAUACACUGCCCCCCUCCCUCCACUAUUACACACUGCCCCCUCCACCCAAUCUAAUACACUGCCCCCUCCCUCCACUCUAAUACACUGCCUCCAUCCAGCACUCUAAUACACUGCCCCCUCCUUCCCCCAGUUUAAUACACUGCCCCUCUCUCUCUCCCAAACUAAUACACUGCCCUUCCCCCAAUUUAACACACUGCCCCCCUCCCACCACUCAAAUGCACUGCCUCCCUCCCUCCCUCCCCCAACUUAUUACACUGCCUACCGUACACACCACUAUAAUACGCUGCCCACUACCUUACCCCCAAAUAAAUACACCGGCCCCUCCCUCCCCCAAAUGAAUGCAUUGCCCUCUCCCCCACAUUAAUACACUGGCCCCCUUUCUCCCUAAAAUGAAUAAACUGUCCCCUCCCUCUAAUGAAUACACUGCCCCCCCUCCACAAUUUAACUCACUACACAGGAAGGUCCCCCCUACCUUAAGAAGAGCUGCAGACGCUCCUCUGGCACUGCGAUCAGGAGGGAAGGGGGGGGUGGCUGGCCUGCUCUGCAGACAGACAGACAGACACUCUGCGCUCUUGUGUCCGUCGGAGGGAAGACAAGAAUCAGACAGGAAAUAUUUUUCUGGUCUUGCGGCUGGUUGCAGCCACAACACAAAGUGGCCACAGGGCAGGCGGCCGCAAAUAUAUUCAUUAUGAGCCACACGUUUGAGAUGCUUGAUGUAAAUCAUUUGAGCUCCAUAAGCCUUUCUAAUUUAAUUUUAAUGAAGUUAUUAUUUUAUUGCAGAGGAAUUGUGAAAGUGAUGUAGAAGAUGAUACAGUGAAGAGGAAACCAAGUCUACCCAGAAGAAGGAGCAGCACCUCCUAAAUGAUAUUGAUACUGAGCUUGGAUGCCCAGGGUUGAAGGUCAAGGGAUCUUCUGUGAAGGUCAAAGAGUGGCAGGAACCAUAGUCACAGAGGGAUGCUGUGCAUUCUAAUACAACCUGUAUUGCAGUAAAUAUACUUUUACAAUGUUGGAUCCAUAUGUGAAAUAGCAUUUAACUGCCCCAUUGUUCACUUUUUAAUGUUUAAGUAAUAUUUGUAAACCAAUUCAAUUUGAAAAGUUCUCUUUAUUAAACUUGUUUACAUUAAAUACUGUAAAGCUUUGAAUCUCGUACAGCACAUUUGUUUUUUUUUUCCCAUUAUAAACAAAAUAUUAACAUAAAAAUAUGUUGUAUUAGUGAUUGGGGGAGGGGGGGGUUAGUUGUUUCUUUUUUAAAAGUUUUUUUUUUUAUUGUCGAUGGCAAAUGAUGUUCUAACGGUAUUUUAUUCUUGUAUUUUGGUGAAAUUGUAUGACAGUUUACAAUUUCUAAAAAUAAAUGUAUAUACGUUUCAAGUC